UGUCAGCGAGACAGCUGGUAGAAUUGAUUGUGUUGUUCUAUUAGAGACGGAAGACCCUCGGAUACUUAGCGCGAUUUUUCCUACGCAAAAUUAUCGCGGGAAUUUUUACAGCCAUGUUUUGUGGCCCUUCACGAUAAAUCUACCAUUUUAUGCUUUCAAAGGACCGGACAUGGCAAAUGAUAUUCGUGUCCAACAUAUGUUGUGGUCAUUUUUAUUAACGGUAAGAUUAAUCAUAGUCUAUUCGUGUUAAAGAAAAGCGGAAAAAUCUCUAGAAAAACCUUUUUAUCCUCCUACCUCCCUAUCCUAAUAUCUCGAAAAAAUGUCCUUUUUCUUUAUUUCCAAUAGUCCACUGCCCUUCUUCUUGGAAGCCAGGAAGUGAAUGCCGGUGAGUUUUUAGUGUUGAUAUUUUUAUCUCGCCUUUGCAAAUUACCAGCUCAUACAAUUCAUUUCUUGCGGUCAUAUUAAGAGUUGUCUCCCUUCCCUAUCCCCGGCCAAUAACAUAACGUAAAAAAAAUUUCAGGAUUAAGCUUCCUUUCGUGCAUCUCGGGCCGUUAAUUCCCUUCAUACAACAAAGCUCUAAGAGCAUUUAAAGAAAAGAAGUUGCGAUGCGACUUAUGAAUCGUUGUUAGUUUUUAUUUACUCAGCCGGCCUUCACAUAGUCCUUUUCUGCUUGCAAAAAAUACUACAUCGAUAUCGGCUACAGAUUUGAUAUCACAAAAUAGUAAUCUUUUCUUCUCCACACAAAAUUGGAUUUCCUGAAAUUGCAUUUGUUAGACGAAACAAUAAUAAGUUCUCACGCUUCUGUCGAAAUUAAAGUCGGUUGAAUUUUUAGCCAGUUUGCCGCUUUUUAUUAUUAUCCUGCAGUAAUUAACGAUUUCGCGCACAGUGAAGGUACACUGGUAUCAUUGUCCCUUCGUAAUCCCAGAAUAGUUUGUUGUUUGGACUAUUCAUUUUUGUGUUUUAAAUUAACUCUACAUUUAUCUAACUGGGCUGAAUAAGAACCGCUUCUUGUAGAAUUGGUAACGGUUUUUUUUCCCAGUUGUCUCUCGCUCCAUGUUAAUCUUCUUUUAUUUGCGUCCUUUGGACUGCGGGUCUUUUUUCCUUGUCGAUGUCAGUCAAAUUUUGUCUGUCGCAUCCCAGAUUGUAGACAUUUGUCAUUUUGAGCGAUAUAAACGCAAAUGGUGAUGAAUUUUCGGUUGAAAUACAGUCCUCGGUCAUUCCGAAACACUUCUUAGCUUAAUACUGUCAGCUACGCAAUAAGCAGGAGUAUCUGUAGCUGUGUAACCACAUAGUCACAUAACUACUUGUUAAACAUGCACCCUCAAGACCUCAUUGUAUUAACGUGUAACUUAUAUAUUUCUGGUUGGUGACUCGACUAACGGGAAAUAUCAAAUAACAGAAAAAAGGUUGAAAAGAGUUUCGCGUUGCAGAGAACAGCCAUAGCGUCCGGGGGUACAGCUCUAAAGGGAGCGAGUUUGAUAAUUAUAAUACUAGAUUAUAAUCCUGCAGUUACCCCGUUAUUUUAUUGAUUUUUAUUCCAUUUUUAACAGCUUUUUCCCCACAGUGAGUCUAACAAAUUAAAACAAAACCCGACAAUAACCGCAGCGUUUUAGUUGGCCCCUGUAGGAAACUUGAAAAUUUCUUAUUGUCCUCACAGAGAAUUCAUUCUUCUUUUGUUCAUCCUCAGUAAGUUAUUUCUAAUUAUCUAUAAUUUUUGAUUCUCAUCUUAGAAAUACCGUUUGUUUAGGUCACGAAUUUAUAAUUCGCAUGUUUAAGAUAUACUUCGUUAUUUUCUCUUCUCCGUAAUUCGACAACCUGGAACACUUUCCUCCGGUCGCAUUGAGAAAUGACUUGGUAAACUAUCAACGAAAUGGGCUUCAGAACGUUAAGAAGUUUUACCGUGCGUGUCGUGCUAGCUGCUGACCUAAUGAAAAGCAAAAUUUUCAGUAAAAAAAAGUGUUAAAAGACAUUUUAUUUCUGAAGAGACUGCUGUAGACUCGACGUGUAUUGCAGUCACCUGGUAUUUCUGGCGAUGCAAUGUGAAUUCUACUCAUAAUUUGCUUCGGCCUCAUAAAAUUAAGACUGUCGUUUUAAAUUAGUACUGCUUCAAUCUUGUUCUUUGAUCAAUAGUUUUUAUUACAAAGUUACAUCUUACGGAUAAAAUCGUCUUGUGCCUCGUUGAACUUUUAAGUACGUGAACGUGCGAACUUCAUGCGAUUCAAGAAAACAAUUAGUCGGAAAUCUUGAGAUAAGCAGUUAACUAGUAUAUUUUUUAUUAAAAUGUGCCUAAAGGCCAUGGUAUUGUUAGCGUUAAAGCUCGGCAAUAUCCUAAACGAUUUCCUGGCACUAUUCAAAACAAUUCCCAUCUUUUCUGCUUCUGUAAACUGAGAUAUCAAGAUUACAAAACGUCGCUAUCUCUAAAUUCUGUGACGCAAUACCUGCCAAGAUCCUGUCCGUUUUUGUUUUACUUUUUGCGAUGAUUUCGCCAUAUGCAUUAAAAUGUAAAUGAAUUGAUUAACGCAACGAUCUGCCGCCUUUGGCAUUAGAAGGCUGCAUACAAUUAGAAUAUAGUUCUUUCCCCAUUAAUUUGUAGAUUAUCUGAAACAUUACAGUAGGCCAUAGGGGUAGAAGUUGUUGUUGUGGUCGACGUUUUCGUUGUUGUUGUUUUUUUACAACUGAAAAAUGUUACUAAUGAGGACAACUUGAGAAUGCUUUAACGAUCCAAACGCCGUAGAAAUAAUAGAAAAUUAGUCCCCCGACGAAGUAACUGUGAAAUUGCGGCGCACUUUCUCUGUUCCUGAUCACCUAAACAUUCCGGGUGUUAAAUUGCUAGCCCCUGACGGUAAACUACAUCAAGUUGAAAUGGCGUUCACUUCAACGUUAACUAAGCUUAUUUUAAGGCGACGCCGCGAGGCGCUAUUGCUGCGCUUUUUAGUUUUUCAGAUCAGUCGAAAUUAUACAAAUUGCCUUAAGAAAUACGUGCUAAAGUAGUUGAAGAUUACUUUAAGUUUCUGCGUUUUUUCUAGAUAUGUUUACUUUCUUUAAAGAUCUGUGACAGUUCUUUUUUACUGAAGACGUGCCGGACAAGAUUAAACAGAUUGAUGAAGUCAUACUUGUUGACUUGGCUGGAUCAUUACAACAGACAUUUAGAUUUAUUUGACAAAGGAAAAAGCUCUAGCUUAAAUUGAAUGUUGUGGACAGCCUGUCGAAUGAAGUAAUUUCGAAGGAAUAUUUGAUUAGAAAAAAAAAAAGAUAUAGACUACCAGGCGAUCAUAAGUUUCUUUGUGGCACGGCUUUUAUUUAGCAUUUACGAAACCGUUUUCGUGGCUGUCAGUCUCGGAGUUGGUUAGUUUAACCAACCUUGCGACUAACAUUUUAUAGUUCUUUUCCCUUUUCCCCGCAACUUUCACGGGGUUUCGUACAACACUACCAGUGUGAUCGUUCUAUUUACUCAACAAUGUUUUAUAUCAACGUUUCAGGAAAGUGUUACUAUUAAGAGAAAGGGAAAGAGAUGAAAUGAAGUUUUAGUAGUUAUCAAGAGAAAAAUAUCUUCUGUUGUAGCUACCACCACCAUUAAACUUCUUCGUGUGUUUAAUGCAUUUCACUUUAAAAAAAAUGCCUAAAAAAGUAUUGCUGUUGAAUUGGGCAAUAUUUCCAUGGCCAACAUUUUCCUGUUCGUGUCCAGUAGGAAACAGGGGAUGGAACAGAGAAGUAAUUAACUCUGGGGUGAGAAUUUAAGUGACCCAUAAACCACACUGUGCUUUAGCCCUUGGGAAGGGAAAUAGCGGACCAUACGAGGUAAAGAAAAACUCUUUUGACCUCGAAUUUCCACCACAACCGGAUCGAGUCUUGAGAAUAGGGAUGCUCUUCCAACCUGUUAGAGCUUUUAGGAGUAGGUGGGUUGGGGCGGAAGAGAGACCAUAGGGAUCCGCAGCACUUAUUUGUGUUUUGUAUUUUGUAUUCUAUUUUUUCUCCAGUUUAGUAAAGCAUUACAUCAAUUAAUUAUAACUCUAUAAAUUAAUGUUACUAAACAGCAGAGGGGCACCCCUAGGAUAACUAAUAUUGUGCUCCUUACUGCAGCUGUUUUAUUAUGAUAUAAGGAAAAAAAAUACUUCUGUCAGUUAAAGGAAGAAGAUUACGAUUCAAAGUCAUCUUCUUCUGGUUUUUUCCUUACUUAAUUUUUCUACUCAACUCACAGAGUUUUCGAAAAAGCGGCCAUCCUGUAACACCAAGGUUGUUAAAUUCUAAGACAACUGUAGUUGUUAGUUGUCGCGGUAACUUUUAGCAUGUCGAGCCGAAAAACGACAGGAACUAUUUUUUACUCAACGGAUUAUUUGUCGCCUCUCAGGAGGAACCUCGUUUCCAGGGUUCUCUCAUACUUUUCCGGAACUAGGCUGUCUUAGGGGUUAAAAUGAAUUGGCGCCAUGCCCAUAAAGCUAGGGCAUCCCCGGCCGUUAUUUUUGUGUUGAUGUGCCCCGGGGCUUCGCGUCCCUGCAACACCUGCCAUAUUGUCUCCCGAUUAGUUUUGUUUUUCCUCACACCUCAGGCUAUAUGCUUUCUGGUAAAAAGCUAAAACACACAUCAAGGCUAUUUUAGGUAUUGAACCUGUUUCCUGUUUUCUGUUGCAACGUAUAGUAAGGAUAGCCAUGAAUUGAAAUUUGAAAGUGUUAGUGCAAGUGUUAGUGCUAUGCUGCAGAAAAAUAAUAUAAAACUAUUACCGAAGGGGAGGUGAAUAGUUUGAGAUAUACAGAGGAACGAAGCAUCCGGGUAUAUAUCUAGCGCUGUUCACAGACCCUAAGGGGAAUGUUUUACUAUUUACUAAAUCAGUUGGAUAAAACUGGGAAAAAAGUAUUCUUUUGUAAAGUAAAAACGUCAUUGAGAAGGAACUUUGUUUACAAUUUACACACAUUUUGAGGAUUUUGUCAAGUGCAUUUCACAAUUUUGUUGCAAGUUCAGCAUGAAAAUAUUUUUCUACCGGCCUACCAGUGAAAACCGACAAGCCAAAGUUCGUCGCUUUCUUGGUAUUUGUUUGUACGACUGCUUCAUUUAUAGCACAAAUUUCGUCUUCCGAAAAUGUCUCGAAACGAGACGCCAUCUUGGCUCCUGUCGCAAAACAGUGAAUAGCCAAGAAUAUUCCCAGUUACGGGAGCCAAUCAAAACGCGCGAAAAUUGCUACUCACUGGUUUGGUAAAUACUAAUAGUGGUUAGAGCUCCUGAAUGAAAUUUGUUUGGUGACUUCUUCAUAACACUACAGUGGCAUUUUGUUUAUGGGUAAAGACACGAAGUAGUGACUUCAGCAGAGAAUUGACCUAAAACAGCAAUAUUCCCUUGACAUAACUCCUUUAACAAUUGGUAUAGGUAAUAGCAGGAUUUGUAGUGAUAUUUGGCAUAAAUACCACGAGUGAUAUUUCGAAAUUGUUAUACGUAAUUUCACAAGCCGUUAGUAGAGUGAAAUUUGAGACAAUUUUGAAAUAUCACGAGUGGUAUUUAUGCCAAAUAUCACGUACAAAUUAUGCUAUUAUUUGUUUAUACUACUACCCUCAAAAGGUCUGUAAUUUCACAUGUAGGUGUUUCAAAUUAAGCUCAAAUACCACUGCUCUAAGCCAAUCAAAUUGCAGAAAUUGCUCAUGUAGUAGUAUGUUUUAAACUUCUCUUAAUUGCAGGCUGGUUCCUGGGCUGCUUUAAAGAAAAGCCAGAAGAAAGGGUAUUCAACAUCUCUGCCGGGAACUAUCGUAUCACUGAUACUUCCGCUCAAGAAUGCACUUCCGCCUGUGAUCAUUUGAACCAAACAUACGCAGCAACAGAAGGAGAUCUGUGCUUCUGUGCUAGUGGUUCGUACGACAAAUACGGUCAAGCCUCGAAUGAAAGCCUGUGCAACUUGAACUGCUCAGAUGGUGUGUCAUGUAACAAUAUAUCAUACAUCCGGGUUUAUAAUACCCAAGGCUCUGUUGGCGGGCUCAAUAUAGACGCUCCACAAAUUGGCUGGCUGUGGCAAGAAUUAAACUUUUCAGCUUCGCUUGAAGAAGGUAUAGAAACGUUUGCAGGACACCACAUUUGACAGAUAUUAUAUACGAUACGAGUGAGAAAAAAGAGGCACUUUUCAGGGGCGGAUCCAGGAUUUUUUUUAGGGGGGGGUGCACUCGUCUCUUGCUCUACUUCAACACCAAUAAAACACAUAGUUUUUUUUUUUUGCAGAAUCCCAGUUGUAUUAGAAAACCGCAGGUCAUCUCAGGGGGAAGGGGGGAGGGGUGCGCACCCCCUGCACCCUCCCCCUAGAUCCUUCCCUGCUUUUUGACUUCGAGACAUAAAAUGAAGUUCUUGCUUCGGAGGAAUAGUAGUCCGGGGCCAUGUGUCGGAAAAAUCAUUCUCGUGGGCAUUUUAUGAACAUUUUAGUUUCUUUACGGAAACUUAUAGUAUAAAUUGUAUUAAAUCGACAAAACGUUGUCUGCAAUUUUUUGAAAGCUAUGUAGGCCUGUUUUAUGCAAAUUAGAUAUGACGUCAUUUUACAGCUGAGGACUGACAAGAAAAUGUCUUUAGUAUGAUUCGGAACUUGUUGAAUUGAAUAAAAUGCAUUUAAAAUUGCUGUGAAAUCACAUUUUGACUGUUUCAAGGACUAAGCGAAUAGAACGGAUGUUAAAAGGAUAAUAACACCAGGUUUUAUUUUAGCAACACUUGUUCUUUACUUGGUCAAUAGCUUUACUCCAGUUAUUUACUACAUAUCUUAAAUGAAUCCCCAUUGCAUUUAAGAGUCUAAUUCUGGACCUUUUUAAAGUUUUCUUUUAAUUUUUUGGUCCAUUCUUCGACUCCAGAUAAUAAAUAAUUAUAAUCCUGUCUGAAUCUAGUAAGACAAAGCAUGCGUUUUGAUGGUCUUCCUGUGGUUUACAACUCAACACCUUAUUUGGUUAUGCAGGUUAUUCUUCCUUUCUUGUUUGGUAUUACUGCGAAUUAUCUGGAAAUCAAUGCAUUGUUAUUAUUUGGCUUUGAAAUUAUCCAGAAAUGUCUAGUCUAACUUAUAAUUCUUUUUUGGUCUUUAAUGAAGUGAGCCCAUUUCUAAGGGUGCUGUCUCGAGUUGGGCGUCUGUGUUUCCAAUUUCCCGAGAAGAUAUGAAGUUUUAUUCAUUUAUUAUUAUCACCUUGCCACAAUAAAACAAUACAAUCAUUAAAAUAAAUUAGGUGUUUACUUUUUUCAGGGCCUAGAGAAUAUUUAUACAAUUAUGUUCGCUUGUUGCUUGAAACGCGUUUAUUUGUGAAUAAGAAUUUCCAUGAAUGACGGCUGCAAAGAAUGGCUGCAUGACAAGAAAUAGACCAGAUCACGGGUUUUGGAAACCUAGCAAUAAGCGUAAUUAGAGAGGCUACCACUCGUGGGCAUUUUUAAAACAUUUUUUAUUCUUCACACACUCUUUAUUGUAAUGACAACAGAUGAUUCCAGAAAUACAAAACAGAAGUGUGUUAUAUUUUCGCAAGGAGAAGACUAAUGUUUUUCGAGCAUGGAGAUUCCUUCGAAAGAAAGGCGAGUUGAGGAGAAACCUGACUUUGGUAAAUGCAUUAUUUGCCAGGAAGAAACUAGGGAGUCACUUGUUCAGAGUGUGAGUGAAGAAGCUUAUGCAAGUGUUUUGCACUUCGCGUAUUCUAGAACUGCGUACGGUGAAAAUGAGUUUGCUACCAUCAGUAGAUUACUGGACGGGGUAUCGGCAGAAGAAUUAAGACAGAAUAAUGCUUCUUUCCACGCAAGAUGCAGGAAACGACUUGUAAAUUCUGCUAUGCUGAAACGUGCUGAAGCGAGAUUCGAGAAAGCAGCUUCGUCACAAAAUACUUCAAUCCUUUCACGUCUUCCUGGAAGGCCGUCUUUUGCUUCGCAGACAGGCUCUUCUACACCCGUCGUUUUCCAUGGUUUAACAGAACAAACUUCAAAGCGGAUUCUACGUUCAUCCAAAGCUACCUUCAAUAAGAAGUGAUGUUUCUUUUGUCAGUCACACGACGAUAAGCAGGACGUUCAUGUAAUACAAACUGAGAACAGGAGAAAGCAACUUUCAGAGUUCGUUGAAAACUUCCACAAUGACUUGUACAAAGUUUAUUUAACCAGCACAAUAGAACCAAAAGAUGCUUUGCCGAAAGAUGUGCAUUAUCAUCGUGCCUGCUGGAUGAAACACGAGAUACGCGCCAUGACGCCUGAGGAUAAGGCUAGAGCUGACGCCAAAGAUUCUGAGCAAGAAAACAAAGUUGCUGCUGAUAUAGAAUUCCUGCAUCUCAUCCAAGAGCUUCUAAAAAAAGGAAAGAUACUGAGUCUGGAAGACGCUCAAAAGGUGUACACGAAUAUCUUACAAGAUCAUCUGUACAACUGGUUUCCUAGUAGAAAAUCUGUUAGGCAGCUGUUAGCAGAGAAUGUUGAUGGUAUCGAGUUCGUAAGUGCAUAUCGACGAAACGAGUCCGAUCGCUUUUUCCUAUCUGCUGCUAAGAUCGCCGCCAUAGAGAAAGCCGUUAAACAGUCAUCUCACAUUAAUAGCGAGCUUGAAGUCCUUUAUGACUGUUCAAAGAUAAUUCGCAAAGAAAUUCAGGAGGCAAAUACUUGGCACUUUAAAGGUACGCUCGACAUAGAUGCACAAGAUAAUGUCCCUACCAAGCUGUUUACAUUACUCAAGUGGAUACUUUCGGGUGUGGUUUCUGAACUGAAAACGGAGCAGCGAGCGGAAGAUGUCAACAGAAAGUCAGUUCUCCUUGCGCAGCAGAUUAUGUACCAAACCAAGACUGAUAGGCAAGUCAGAUACGUGCCUCAAUUAGAUGAAGAAGGGAAUACAUUUCUUCACCAGCGCGAGUACCCAUUGCAGGUUGGGGUUGGCCUCCUUGCUCACCAGCAAAUGAGAAGUAAAUUAGUAAUUGAUGUUCUACAUGAGUUGGGCGUUUCAGUUAAUUAUGCGAGGAUUCUGCGCGUAGAAACUCAGCUUGCGCAGGCUGUUCUGAGCAACUCCAGUGAGCACAACAUCUUUAAACCUCCGAAACUCUGUAAGGGCCAGUUUAUUUUUUUUAGUGUUGACAAUUCCGAUUUCUCAGAAGACACCCCCGACGGAAAGAACAUACUUCAUGCAACCGCGAUGGUUGUGUUCCAGCGAAAACGUACUAAAGAUCCUGAAACUAUACUGGAAAUUGAUGCGACUAUGAGGACCAAGUCCCUUCCACAAGAGUCAAUACCUGACACAGAAAUAUUACAGUGUUAUAUCCCUAAGAAUGCGCAACCAAAGUGCUCCGGCUACACAUUAGAUGCUACACCAUCUAGUGAUGUCACCAAGAAAGCGGAGCAAAAUGACUUGGCGUGGUCGGUAGGCAACUCAAUCAUCAGGUCUCGGUUGGAGCAAGUCAAAAUCCCCACGUGGGCUCCAUACAAUUCUCAAGUGUUGUCUUUGACCCAUCAGCUGACCACCGUUUCCAUGAUGCCUCUUCUAGCGGCUCCGGCGCAUGAGUGAAGCACGAUGCUCACAGUACUAAUGCAGGCACAGAAGAUCACGGCUGUGGUUAUGGGAGAAAACCACAAGACUGUCAUUACCUUUGACCUCCAACUAUAUGAGAAGGCUGUGAAACUCCAGAUGCACAAGGCCCCAGACCUAGACCACCUGGUUUUUCGAAUUGGCGAGAUGCACACGAUAAUGGCUUCUUUGUGCGCUCUUGGGGCAUCAAUCGAUGGCAGUGGCUUUGACGAGGGAUGGAUAGAGGCGGGGCUGUAUGGUUCAAUCACAAUGCGACAGAUUCUUGAAGAAAAUCAUAUGAAGCGCGCUCUCACAGCUCACAGUAUAACGUACUCUGCCUUGAGCGAUUUGCAUAUGGAGGCAUUUUGGAAGAGCGAAAGUGAUAAAAGUAAUGCCGAGCACAAGACUGUAUACGAUAGUGUAAUACAAGCAUGCGUUGCAAUGAACACCAUCUGCAAGGAAGGUCGAUACAGUGAGAUAGGGACGAAACACAAAGACCUUGUAACGGCGAUGGAAACCGACGACCUUCAAGAGAGGCUAUUGAGAUUUGAUGAGGUCAUGGAGUGUCAGUGUCCAUUAUUCAAGUUUGCCCGGGACUACAUGAAGUUUGUGAUGUGUAUCCUGAUGUUCAUACGCGCAUCAAGAGAGGGAGACUGGAACCUUCACCUUGAAUCUCUCAAGGCUUUGGCAAAGUAUUUCUUUGCUCACGACAGGCUGAACUAUGCGCGAAUGGUGCCACUAUAUCUAGCGCAGAUGCACUGGUUAAAGAUCGAUGAUCCCGAUAUUCACCAUGAAUUCAUCCAAGGAAACUUUUGUGUAAACAAAAAUGAGAUCCCUUUCUGUGCAAUUGGACCGGACCACGCCAUAGAACACGUCAACAAGUUGAUGAAGAUUCGGGGAGGGCUGAAAGGUCUAACACAGCAACCAGCGGCCAUGGCAAGAUGGUUCCUUGUGGCGCCAGAACUAAGUGGACUUGCGACGCAAGCUGAGGACAUGUUGGGGGUACAAAGAGCUUCAUCACCGCAUCAUCACGAUUUAAGCGAUGCGAUAACAAAUCGCUAUAAUGAAAAUGUACAGAAGCUGAAGGAUGUUCUCAAAGUCAGUGACCCUUUCGCGACAGAGGAACGUCAUCUGGUGAACAUCAUCACGAAAGCGGUAAUGCCAGAUGACAUCAAGGAGGGAGUCCUAACACGAGAUAAGAUCGGCCAAGCGUUGUUUGAGACAUUUGCUCAAGAGAGAAUCGUCGAGGCCAGGAUUAAGUGUUUGGAGCCCCAUGAAAAAGGCAAAUCUGAAGUCAUGGAAGUCUGCUUCGCAAAAAAACAAAAACAAGACAACUUGUGGCGUCGCACCCUUAAAGGAUGAUAGAGCUCUCUUCGCAUGCUUCUUAGUCGUCAGUCUCUCAAGGCCUGAUCUUGACAUAAAGGAAACUAUUAGUACCUUUGAGUUAGCCGAGUAUCCAAGGGCACUCUUCUUCUCUGAUGGCAGUUCGCGACACUGCGCUACCAAGAGCAAGCUGAUGAACAUCCUAGAAAGCCUUUUACCGGCCCAACAGCAACCACAAACGUCUACAGUACAACCUCACUCUGCAGUUCCCUCCAGUAGGCAAGUGGUCAUUAUUGAUGCCAUAGCCGUCGUUCAGGCAAUGGGAAAGCCACCGUGGGUUAGAAAUGGGCGUGACCUAGCAAGCCAUUUUACAGAAGUCAUUGAUUCUAAGUCUGAAGGUGCCACCGAGGUGCAUGUAUUUGACCGUUACGAUAUCCCAAACUCCUUAAAAGAAGGAACGCGUCAGAAACGAACGGGCACAAGCAGAGCAGUGGUGUACAAGAUUACUGUGGAUGCGGUUAUUGACAAAAUCACGAUGAAGGAUCUUUUGAGCUGCAGCCAGAAUAAGGAGACAUUGGCUAUCUUCCUUGCAGCACAACUUAUCGAGUGCAAGAAAGACUCGCAGACGACGUAUGUAGUAACCUCUAAAGCUGACUGUAUGGCUUCUAAUAGCCUACCGAUUCAGCAUUUAAGGAGUGAGCAGGAGGAAGCAGAUACUCGUAUGCUCCUACAUGCUCUAGACGCCACACAGAGAGGAGAAACGUCCAUAACCAUUCAUAGUCCAGAUACAGACGUACUCGUUCUGACGCUCUGGGUUUACAAGAGACUUUGUCUAGACACUACAGUCAUUGUUGGAACAGGAGGAAAACGAAGAAGUAUUCCACUAGGCCCACUCUACGAGGCGGUAGGAGAAGAACUUGUGAAGGCUUUACCUGGCUUUCACGCUUUUUCAGGAUGUGAUCAGACAGGCACUAUCAGUGGAAAAAGCAAAGUGUCUUGUUGGAAUACACUAAAGAAAGCUGAACGAUCAGUACUCGAUGCAUUUUCCAGCCUGGGAACCACCGACACCAUCUCAGAUGAUAUAGACAUGACGCUAGAGCGCUUUGUCUGCCAGUUGUACAUGCCAUCGACACAGCUAAGAACCAUAGGAGAGGUCCGAUGGCUGCUCUUUAGCAAGAAACAACACGUAGAUGAACAGCUGCCCCCUACUAAAGCGGCUCUACACCAGAUGACAAGACGUGCUAAUCUCGUUGCAUUGGUUUGGAAGUCUUGCGACAACCCGAAUCCCAGCAUUCCUAGCCCGAUAUUACACGGAUGGCAACAAGAUGGGGAUAGACUGCACCCGGUUCCAACCACACUCCCACCUGCACCUAAGGCCGUACUGCAGUUGAUCAAGUGUGGAUGCAAAGGAAUCUGCGUCACAAUGAACUGUACGUGCAGGAAGCACAACCUAAAAUGCACUGAUAUGUGUGGUUCAUGCGAAGUGAAAUGUACCAACAGGAGCGGUAACACUGAUACAGUUGAGCAUAUAACAGGGGAUAUUAGUGACGACGAGGACCUUCAUAUAUAGGCCCAUCUGCUAGGUUGGAACUCAGACCAUGAUAUUUAAGUACUAUUGGACAAGGAAAUGCUUUGCUUAAUGCUAAAUCAUUUAUGCUUUGUAAUUAAGCAUUCCUUAACGGAACAUUAAUAUUUGUACAGCAAUGACACUCGACUUUUGUUAUAAUUCUAAAACUGUGGAAAAGGGAUUGCAGAGACUUUACAUGAUAGAACAGACUUAAAAGCGAACAUUUUCACAGUUUUGUGCAUUAUGGGAGCAUUUUGGGACAUGUGUAACAAAGCCCGACUCGAGUACCCGGUGUUUUGCGGGUCAAAAAUCUAAUUUGCAUAAAUUAAUCUUAAAUGACUUUGAAAAAAUUGCAGACAACUUUUUUACGAUUCAACACCUCUUAAACUAUAGAUUUCUUCAAAGAAACUAAAAUGUUCAUGAAAUGCCCACGGGAUUACACAUGGCCCCGGACUAUAGGCCAGUUUCCAGGUUUCGAAUUAUGGAAAUUCAUACUUGGCUUAGAGGCCGAGGGGCAUAACACAAGAAAUUGCAUUGAGAUUCAGGGAUUAAAAAUUUAUGUGUGCAAAGUAAUGUCAUGGAUUAGAGGAAAACAAGACGCACCCUCUUGACAUAUUAACAUUUUAACAUUAAGCUCGGACUUCAGCAUACAAAGCGCCACUGGCAGCCACAAUCAGUUUGUUUAUGAGCUUACUGCAACCCACCCACACCACCUGGGAAACUUUCCCUACUCUUUUCGAACAGUAUUGUGGGUUCUUUUACGUCCCCUUCGACUUUGACCAAUAAAAGAAGGAUAAAGGAGACAAUGCCAACGGCUUAAUGUCACCACCCAAUCACGCGAUCAUCUGAGACAGGGUAUCAAAUCACAGUCAGCAUAAUCUCACCAGUUUUUAAAAGACCCCGGUUGUUGGUCUGGCCGGGGUUUGAACCCAUGACCUCCCGCUCGGCAGACCGAUGCUCUCCCAACCGAGCUGACUAGUUUGUUUGUUUUAUACCACAAAUCCUUUAAUAGUGGCAGAACCAGGAUUGGCUUGCGAUUAGUCAGAAAACAGAAAAUAAAUCCAGAUUUAAAGAGGAGCUUAGUCCCUGUCAUAAAAAUCACCUUCCGAGGGGGAAGCAGCCAUUAGCAAUUAAAGAGAUGAGUGAGCGCCUAUGUUGUGAACUUGCAAAGCUCAAGGCAAAUGCUGGAUAUACAGGAAAAACAGUACCGCCGUAUUAAUGAUUGUUGGUUUGUUGUCUUAUACUAGUCAUAGGAGAUAAAUACUUAACAAUAUUAGGAAAAACUGUAGGGCGUCCGAGAUCGUUUCCACGAAGGUGUCCUUGUUCUUGUCCGUGUAAUGAAGACUGAGUUAAUACGGGAGUUAAAACGGUGGCCGUACACUAGACCGCUUGUGAGAUCGUCCGUUAUGAUUUUAACUUGGACUUUGGUUGUUUUGAAAAGUCAUUUUGUUGAUUUUCACUGAAUUGUUCACUUACAGGAGAUGUCAACGUUUCAUAUUCUUUCGACUUUGGUGAUGAAACGUACCUUCUGAGCACAUGCCCUAACGUCACGCACACCUACACAAGGACGGGCUACUUCCUCGUGAAAGCGUCCGCCAGGAACAACGUCUCUGGCCCGGUCAUGACUUCCGUUUGGAUCUUCAUUCAUAGUUCCACCGGACUUGUGAGCUUAGACUAUCCGAAAAAUAUAGUAGAAGCGGGGAAUGAGACUGAGAUUACCGUAACUGUCAGCCAGGGUACUUGGAUGAAGGCUGAAGUGGUGACAUUCCCAAGAAGCAAAGUCAGAAAAUUCAACAUAUCUGGUGAGAGCCUUGAUCUAGCCUUGAACAACCAUUUUCAAAAGCGCGCAUGCGUUGUAGCGCUUUUUUAUACAUCAAUGCGUAGCACGCAAUUUCAUGUCAAUGAACAGGGUUCAUGAACGUGGAUUUUUAAUCUUAAAACUCUUAGCUAGAACUUAACAAUUCCUUCAUUUAAGUUGUCUUAGGUGGGCCGUGGGUAAUGGGACACGCAAAUCAGGAGAAAAUGAGUUUGGGUGAUGUAAUUUAGUUCGGUUUAAACAUACAUUUAAACUCCUAAACUCCUACUUGACAGCUCUUACACAGUAAUUAAUAAGGAGUUAUAAUAACUCCCCUAGUGGUGUUAAUUUAACUCCUUACAGUGCAAUUAUAUUGAGGAGUUAAAAUAACCUCAAAAAAGAAGUUAUCCUUUACCUAAAUUUUUUACUUCACUUUCAGAGUUAAAGUAACUCCAAAAAGAAUAAAAACAACCCAUGUAAGGAGUACGUAAAUAACCCCAUUUUCUAAAUUAUUUGAACUCCAGACUGGAAGUUAAAAGAACUCUUUGUCAGGAGUAAAAAUGACCCCAAAUUUGGAGUUAAAUUUGGAGUUAAAGUAACCCAAUAAAAGGGGUUAUCCUGUACCUAAAAUUUUUACUCCAGUUUUGGAGUUAUAAUAACUCCCUUAAAAUUACUGUGUAUAGGAAGUCCUUUAAAGUUUUAAGUUGGAAAUACUGGAGUUCGGGGACAGGGAAAAGUAGCUGGAGAAAAACCUCUCAAAGUAAGGAGUAGAAUCCAAGCAAGAAAAAAACACAGCACUAAUAUGGUGCUGCCGCGGCUCGUCCCUUGGAAACCCGGGUAACAUUGUUUUAAUUCGAAUGCUCUCAGCAUUGCAACACCCCUCCUGACCAAAUAAAAGUAAUCUCCACUCCAGUCUAUGAUUCGCUUCUCGUAAGUGAUCUAUUCUUUUGCUUUCAGACGCCAUAGUACAAGAUGUAGGCUCGUCAGCAACAUAUGGAAAUAAGAGCGUUUCUUCAGAUGAGGGCGCUUACAUAAUUCCCUCGGCCAUGAUCAGAACAGAUGGCUACAUUUUGGCUUGGGAAUACCUUGCAUCAAAAGUUGGACCUGUCCGCAUACAGGUGAGAAGCACGAAAUAUCCGAUUGCCGAGACAAAAGUAAUAAUUAUCUUGGUUGAGAUUCCUCUAAGAUGGUAUAUAGUGGGUUUAGGCGAAAGCAGCAAAAAGCUACUGACGCUGUUAGAGAUUGUCUAUUCUUUGCGUGUUGGGCUGUCGUACCGAGAUUUUCAAAUCAGUAUCGAAAAGAAUUUCGCGAAUACGUUAUCCAUUAGUUGGUGAUUGGAAUUGGUUAGAAAUUAUGUCGCCAUUUUCUCAACUAUGGAAUUAAAAGCAGCCAAAACCACCUAUACUGAUUUGAGAAUUAAGAGGGGAUAUCACCAACAUGGAAUUGAAUUUGGGGUGGGAAUAACUAUCGUGAAUUGGCAAAUCGCUGACAAGGGAAAUAACUAGUAAUCUAGUAAUGCUUAUUUGGUUAAUUGUGGUAAGAGAGAUUGACAUAUUUUGUCCUAAUUACGCAAAGAUACUGGGCCACUUCGAUUCAUCUGUAAAUGGCAUCGUUUACAUUGGUACAAUCGAGUCUCUUGGUAUUUUAACUGGCUUUCGGCACUAUAUUACUCGCGCUCUGAUCACUUUUUGACGCUUAGACCGUUGUUUGCACCAAAGGAGAUUUUUCCAGAUUCACAAAUUCAGUUGAGGAGGCGUGUGUUGCCGAGCGGUUAACACCAGGUUAUCCGCCCUGGUUAACCACUCAAACUCUGGAUCUAGAGGUCCGGGGUUCAAGCCUCGCCUGUCGCGUUGUUUCCUUAGAGAAGGAACUUUACGCCACUUUGUCUCUCUUCACCUAGGUGUAUAAAUGGGUACCGGUGACAUACUGCUAGGGGUUAACCCCGCGAUGGACUAGCAUCUCGUCCAGGAGGGAGUUGUAAUACUCCUAGGCACGCUUCAUGCUGCGGAAACCGUUAUAAGCUUCGGUCGUUUGGGUCUUUGGCUCGUGUGCGCCUUUACCUUACCUUUUUACAGAUUCAGUAACAUUUAGGAUUUUAGGGUAUUCGGAUUUGAAGGUGUGUGUGCACAUCAGUUCAUCAGAGAACAUUCACACAUGAACAGGCACAAAGUAUUCAGUCACUUCAAUUUAUGGGUUCAAAAUCUAGAAAAGGUACUUUGUUUAAGAGGCAAUUUAUUAAGCACGCAGGUACUAAUUGAUCAUCAUGAGGGCACUGUUUUUACCUCUCAUACUUGUAGACGGGACCGCCAUAAAUUUCCACUUAGUCAUCCAAGCCACGUCUAGUACCUUCAAUUUAUCAGUCAGGCCCAGGGAAUCGAACCCAUGACCUCCCUGCUCUGAAUCCUACUUUAAACACACAAUGAAAGUGUGACGUUAUUUUUAUAUUAGAAAGAUUUAGAGUCGUGGUUAUGGCAAACGGCAAACGUGAGAUUCAAGUUGACAAUUUCUCAAAGUAAAAUAUAAGCUCAUAAAAACAGUCCAAAGCAAUUCUUAUAGAUGAAAAUAACGUGAAGCUGAAAGGGAAAACUUGGUCACCUGGCACUAAUUACGUUUGCUGUUUGCCGUUUGCUGUAAAGGUGAUUCUGAAUCGCUCUGUUCAGGCAUGUGCGUGUAAACCGCAAAACAAAUCCGGUACCAAAACUUUUCGGGCUCGUCACGAGCUCCGGAAAAAUCUCCUUCCUCAAGAGUAAACCCAGCCUCGUCCUCAGACCAGUUCGUGCUAUGCGAGUAAGCGGAAAAGGCUUAGAACGGAGUGCGAAUUGUCCCAACAAGUUUGAAAGAUGGCGUCACAUCCGCUAUCCCAAAUCGCCGGGGACGACUCGGAACGAAGCUUGAGUAAUCCUGUCCUAAAAGAGGAUAAUUACAUUCUCCAUCCCAUUCUCUUUAUUCUCUUUAGGUUUAUCGUCCCAGCUGCUCUUCAAGAAAUGAUCAGUUUUGCCCUAAAAAUCAAACCUGCAUACCAAAGUCAGAGACGUGUGUCAACACCAGUCACUUCACUUGUCCAAAUCAAAGUCUUUGUGUUGGAGCCGAGGGCUGUCUGUCCAACUGCCAAAUGGAUAAAAUUUCAUUUCCUUCAGGACAGUCUCCUUUUGUGAACUAUACUAUCAUUGCAGGUAGGUUAACGUGUUUUAACCCACUACGCAUAUGGGUGGCUAAUAGCGGAGCUCCACGCGCCCCCGAAGCGUGCACGAGCGGAGCCGCAUAGAUAGGAAAAUUUGGUUAUCUAUCCAUCCGAGAAAUGAUUUUGGUAGUCACGUGACCAUACGUCCGUCCCGUCCAACUGUCCCAUUGCACCACAAGGCAACCAAUGUGAAAUCUCACACUUUCUAACUAGUGUGGGAGCCUGCAACCUGAUGUUGUCCAUGUUGUGGUCAAUUAAUCGUUGUCAAAAGAGGGCAUCCGCUGAUAAAUAUCACAUGACCGUAUCGCGGGCUCAAGUGUCGUCCUAUCGAGGGUAUAUGAUUUUUGAAGUUAUUUGCCCACAGGUUACUAGUUUUGUACUGAUCACAGGCUCAACUCCAACUGGAUUUCUUUGCAGUGGUUAUAUUAAUUACGUUCCAUAUUAAUUUAACUUUGAUUUUUUAAUUCUUAGAAUCUCUGAUAAACAUCUCCAAAGACGGGAAGAAUAUCUUGGCUCUAUCAGCCGAAAAAGCCAUUCAAGUGCAGACAGGUGAUGUCAUAGGUUGGGUUGCCGAUACGAGUUCUGGCGCCCUUGCGUUCGAGUCAACGAUCAACGAUCCGUCCUUCUUUUAUCCGAAAGCAAGCUUCAACAUCGUUAUAGGUGAAACUUUGUCUGCUUCAGGAAGUGUCGACCGGCGCAAUAUCAAGCAUGUACUGCGGGCUCACGUAUCACAGCCUUCCCAGGCGAUAGUUAACAUUAAUUUUGCUGAAGCAGGAGUUCACAACGUCACGGCUGUGGUCUUUAACAAGGCUGAAAGUGUACUACAAACUUGUGAAAUAUCUGUGCAGGUAUGAAGAACUUUUAAGUCCCUAUUUUAGGGUUCACAACAACAAUAAGUACUUUGGAACUUGGGCGGUUGAUUACACUCACUAGUGUUAAAAUUAUUAUUCUCAGAUCUUGAGACCAACUAAUCUUGAACCUAGACCUCCCACGACCUAUGGAAAGGCAGAUCUCACUUUUCAGCGAAAAACAGAGUGGGAUCUGGGUACAAGAUUAGAGAGGAAUUUCAGACAAAAAGUAUUUUCCUUCAACGUUCUCUCCCUGGUAAUCCCUCUUCCUGUAAGAUUUAGCAGUAGCAUUUAGUAACUUUCUAAUAAAUACACUAGCUGUAGCAGUUUCAGCCAUUGAAUUGGCAUAAUGCACCAAUUCAAUCACUACUGGAAUGAUCUGAGCAAUGAUCGGCAAUUCCAAAUCCUUAUAAUCGCUUGUGUGAUAUAGGAUAGACAUUCUCUAUUUUCUUUCCCUACUUGCAGCCUACUGUCGUCUCGUACGGGCAUGAAAUGUCGCAAAUAUGACUUAUUAGUAAAAUCCAACUAGUGGUCUAUUAUCAAUGCUGCGUUCUGAUAGGUUGAGCUACUACCAGGCUAUAUGUUAUAGCAGCCAGUGGUAGAGAAAAGCGCGGGCUUUUUGGCGGCAAAAAAGGAUUAAAGUACUAGCUAAAAUUUUUUUAUUCUCGAUAUUUUUUACCUUUUAGUUGGAUUUUACUAAACAAUUAUUCCUCUCGCCCUCAUGGCCUCAGGCUCAGAGCCCAUUCGAGCUCCAGGAAUAAUUGUUAAAUAUUUAUGAUUUAUUAUGCGCCACGUUUGGCAAAACCUCAAGAUCACCGGGAAAGACAAGAUACAAAAAGAGGAUGGUUUUUCUUGCUUUUCAUGGCCAUGAGCGACUGAAGGCCUCAAAUUUCACCCUGGAUCAUGAGAGGCAUCCCUACCCUGACUCCGAAGGUCCGUUUUCGAAAUAUAUCAAGGAUAAAAUAAACCUGGUAGAAAAAUUAAAAAAAAACUCUGGCACCAAGGUUAAGGCAUCCCACACUUAGUUUGCAGUUGUUUUAAUAAUUAACGUAUUCCGGUUAAUUGUAGAGUAUGGGCAGGAGUGUGGGCAUUUUGAGGGGGUUAACUUUAGGUCCAGGGAUCCUUUUUUCGUUUUGUUGGAAGCCGUAGGGAUUUUUGGUGGUUUUAAUUGUUGCGUCUUUAACAUGUCCGUCACUCUAACUCUAAAUUAUCCCCCCUCCUCCUAGAGGUCAGUGAGAAAGGCGAAAACAAAGGGCUUAAAGAACUCAAAGAUUUACAUUCUUGCAUUUUUUCUUUAUUUUUUAGGAACGAAUACAAAAUCUUUUUAUAUUGAGACCAUUUAGGAACCAAAGCUACGCUACAGGGGAUAAAGUUGAAUUACAGAGUACGCAGGACAAGGGAAGCAACAUAAAUUACUUGUGGUCGGUAAACGGCAGAACACAACAAGAAAACACACAAAGCAUUGAAGUGACCUUCAAUCGCACUGGUAAGAGCCAGCAGCAUAAAAUCCUGCUAGCCAUGAGUCUUGGGGAAGGUUAAAGUUCAACUGAAGCGGGAGAGACUUGUAGAAAUCAUGAUCAGAAAGGGUCCAGGAUUUUGUGACAAAAUUUGCUCUAUCCGAAUGCAAAAAGGGAUUUUUACUGUUCUCUGUCGGAGUGAAGCGUUUAAACGUUUGAGUCUACGCAAUAAUUUCUAUUGGUAUCGUACAUUUUUGGGAUAUAUCUUUCUAGUUGUUGAGCCUGUUCAUGUAAUACUAUUAAAUGUAAAGGCAUAGUAACGACUGUUUGUGUGUGCAAGAGUUUGUUCUUUUUGUGAUAUAAACAAAAAGACCGUGACCCCUGAGCCACAGACCACGAAAUGCAGACGCCCUUGCUUAUAUAUAAACUGCUCCCUUAAAUUGUUGUUUUUAAAGAUCAAAAAUGUUUAUCAUCGAGUAUUGACUUGAUACUUAAAGAUCCAUGGUAUUACUAAGUAAAUUAUCUAUGGUAAGAAGACUAAAUUAAGUCCAGUUGGGUCUGGUACUCUUAAAUCACCAGUGUUGUUAUUAUCCUGACUUGAAUAUCCAAAGGAAAAAGUUAUAUUUAACAGGAUCACCUGAAAGGAAAAAAUACGAACAAAGAGAGCUUUCAUGCAUAAACCUGCUACAAUUCGUGACAUUAAAACUUGGGUCAGUUGAAUUACUAACGUUGUCAUGUUGCGCUCGACUUCCUUUAACCCCUCCUUUUCAAUGUUGGCCUCGAAACUGGACAACUCCACCAAAAAGCCAUUACUAUACAACAUUGGCCAAUUGGCCAAUUGGAAGCAGUCUCGUCCCCAGGGCUUUUCCCUUAAAAAAUGGGUGGGGCGCCCCACCCAUUUUUUAAGGGAAAAGCCCUGGGGACGAGGUUGAAUUGGAAGAGGAAAAGUGAGGUCCUAGACAGUGGCGGAUCUAGGGAAGGGGCCCGGGGGGCCCGCCCCUCACCCCUUAUUUUUAGACCAAACUGAGGCCCGAAGGGCAGACAAAAUUUUGGGGGAGAUUGGGCUCCCCCACCCCUUAUCUAAGGGUCUGGAUGACCAGCCCCCCCCUCCCUUAUCUCAAGGUCUGGACCCGGCACUGCCAAUGCGGUGUGACCCAAGUUAGGUGUUCCUGAUUGUAGCUUUUUGUAGCCAAAAUCGAUUGGUGGCCUUUCACUCAUGAAACAGAGCCAUUUUUUAGAUUUUAACUAUGUUCAAAUUGACAUGGAUCUUUUUUAGGAAUCUAUCCCAUUUCUGUCCGCGCUAGCAAUAACAUCAGUUCAGCGGAAGCCUCUUCGAUGAUAAGUGUGCUCGACCCAGUCUCAAUGGAUUUGCUGGAGGAACCACAAGACGAGGUUGACGUGGGCGCCCAAUGGAAUGUUUCUCUCAGAGUGAACGGAACAAAUGUUACCGUUAGCGUGUCCUUCGGUGACCAGUCACCCUUAAAUACAACGUUUUUGGAGUCUUCUCAAGAGGUCUCUUUCCAUCAUAAGUGAGUGCUUUUCUAUUAGCCAUUUUAUACCUAUUUAAAAUAAAAGUUAGCAGGUUAAGAGGAGUGGAAAUUUUAAAACCAGUUAAGCCACCGUUUGUGGUAUAUUUACCACUAAAUAAAGAUCUUAUCACUGCAUUCAGGACGUUGAUUUUCUCCCUUCGUAAGGGUUAAUGUCCACUAUAUCGCAUAAUUUUUACGUGCGUAAAUAAAAUAUAGGCAACGUGUGAAAGGUCGCGCGUAAACGUAAAGGCUGCAACUCGCUCAGCUUUGACGUUUACGCGAGACACUUUAAACAUUGCCUCUAUUAUAUUUUCGCGUGUAAAAUUUACGUGCACACGUACGUAAAAAUUACGCGACAGUGGAAAUCCACCUUAAAGGAGCUGUGUCACGAAACUCAGCCAAAUUAGGAAAUUACAAAGUGCCCGUUAAAUUAAGAGAAAUAUAAAAAUAACCGUUUAAAAAUUUAAAGGAAGGUUAAAAUAACAUAACAGAAACAACAGAUGCCACGGAUGGGCAAAACUGAAGAAGAUUGAAACGGAUGGAAAUUAGGGUUUUUGAAAAGUGUUCAGCCCAACAUUUUUUCAAAGUUGAUCCCUGCUGCUUGCAACUUCAAAAAUAAUGCUCAGGAGACAUAUUUGUUUGUCUCGGAUCUCUGAUUUUGUCAUUUACAUGUAAUUUCUUUGCUUACUUUAAGUUCCAUAGCGAUUGAAGGCGAGUAAUUUGCAAAAUAAAACAAAAUGAACUGGACUGCCGUGGGGCAAAGCAGCAUUUUCUAACUUCUCAAAGGGCAGAAGAUCAACACUUUCGCUCAGUUUUUAUCACAGAAACCAGUAGUGAAGAGUUAUGUAGCUGAUGAAUUUUUUAUUUCUUUCUCUAUACAGAUACACUGAACGUGGUCCAAAACAUGUCAAUAUCAAAGCAGUAAACAACAUUUCAGCGAAACCGGAAGAGAAAGAAAUAAAGGUGAAAGUGAAAGGAGAAUGUAUCCAGGUCGUUGUAGAAGUUAGUCCGGAGCGAACUGUUGAUGGUGUGUUGAAAAUAUCUACUGGACAGGACUUCACAAUUCAUGUCUCUACAACCCCCAAGCAACGCGUAAAUUACACGUUUUCUUUUAACAAAGAUUCGACACCAGACACAAGAGUCACAAACGAGGGUGACACAACAGUCUCUCACAAUUAUAACAGUGAAACAAUCUAUAACAUAACUUUAAACGGAAGCCCCCUCCUCUGCGAAGAUCCAUUAGUUCCUGUUAUCGCCAAAAAGUGCAGUCCACCGUCGUUUCUUUUUCCAGAUAGAUAUACCCGAAGUGAUCCUAAAGUCAUCACCAAAGCAAGUCCUGUGGAUUUCCUUAAAGUCAAGGAACCGGGCAGAAACUCGGAUCAGUGCCCUAAUCAAGAACCACCACAAUACAGGUGGAAUAUUUCGCUAGAGUCAAGUGCUGGUAGUUAUAACUCAGAGUUAGUCUCUACCGACGAGUCUUCUCUUGAUAUACCGGCGCAAACAUUGAAAAUCGGGAACUACUCAAUCACUCUGAAUGUAUCUGUUGAAAACAACAGUUAUUUCUUUCAGACGUACGUCCGCGUGGUAAGCUCCGCUCUUAUUGCUGAUAUCAAAGGUGGUAGCUAUCUCGAAGUUGAUUCUCAAUCUCUGCCAAACCAUGAAUUAACACUAGAUGCAUCGGGAUCGAAAGAUCCGGACAGCAGCGAGUCAGAAUUGAAAUUCACAUGGGAAUGCAAGUUUGAAGGCAACUUAACUGAGGAAACAGAAAAUGAAACUUGCUUGUCUACAAACUUUGUGAAACUAAAUGAAACUUCCAAUAAGGUCACGUACAGGCUCCGUGAAAAUGUAACAUACACUUUCAAGGUAACUGUGCGCAGUGAAGGGAGAUCGACCUCAGCCUCAGCCUCAGCCACACAAGCCGUGAGGAUGCUACCUGAUAUUCCAUCUCUAACUAUAAGGUAGGUUGGCCCUUUUGACUUGAAUUUGUAAAUUCCACAAAAUUAAAAGGUUUCAUAGCUUGUUAAGCGCGGCAGGAUUAGCGUGCGAACAGGUUCCCAAGAGGAGCGGUGCGAAAAAGAAAAUCGACGAACGUAGCGAGCCGAGCGUGGUCUGGUCGUGGUCUCCCCCAGGCCACACUCGCCGAUUUUCUUUUUCGCCCCGCUUCACUUGGUAGCUUGUUCACAGGCUACGGCAAGAUCAGCUCAGUCGGUAGAGCGAGAGGUCGUGGGUUCGAUUCUCGGAACCGGACUAAUACCCGCUUCCUUUGCCCUCCAAAUUGCUAGACCUUCACGUGGCUCGGAUGACGUCGUAAAAUGGCGGUCCCGCCUCCAGUAGUAGGAGACGUAAAAACAGUGUCCUCAAUUAAUACUUUCGUGCUAAGUACAGUGACACUCAAAUAUAGUGCGUUUUCAUUUUUUUUUAGUAGUCUAGGUAGAGAGCGAAAUGAAUCUGCGCGAGUGAAAACUGCCAGCCACAAAGAAGGCGACAUGCGUGCAAGGGAAUCAAACUCAACUAGUUCCUAUAUUCGCAAGUUUUUUUGUUCUCCAACUGCUUCAGUGAAAAUGGUAAAUUUGUGCGCGCUUGCCAAAGGUUAUUUAGACCAUGCAACAGUCAAGAUUUUCUUCUUCUGUCACUUUGUUCAGUGCUGCAAUUAGUAAUGCAAGGAUUUUGUGAAUUUUGUUAAGGUUUGUCUCGCUGUAAAACUAUAAAGUUGCCAACCUUAUCCUGUCAUAUGAAAUCAUAAGGGUUGCAAGCAUGCGUAUACAAGUUUGCAAAUAACUAUUAUUGAAUGAGGUUUUUUAUCAUAUCGGGACAAGGGUGUGGUAAGUGUUGUCAGGCGAGGCCCAACGUGCUAGACUGAUAAUACUCACCGAGACUGGUAAUGUUUUAUUAUAGAAUCGUUUGCAGAAAAUAACGACAAGUACGUCGUUUCGCUAACACAGCUUAUUAUUUUCCAUAAAGAAUAGACAUUGCUCUUGGAAAUUAUACAUUGCCAUUAAUUGUAGGCUCACAGCCGAUGAGAACAAGAACAUUACAGAAUAGUUCUUGAUGAUUUUAGACCAGUUAUUUUUUAUUAAAUUUAAUUACAAGGAAACCGGAAACGUUAAAUUAACAAACGUUUUAUUCGCAACUGUCUCAGGUUUAGUUGCCCGAACUGUAGGGACAAAAUAAACCCGCACGAGAGAGUGACAUUUCUGGGAGAAUGCACGAAUUGUAAUGGUUCUGAGAAACAACUAGCAACGCAAACCUGGAAAUUACUCGACGAGAAUCGUACAGAAGUCCAGCUGUUGGAAAAUGACACAGAUUCCAACCUUGGAUUGAACAGCAUAAACUUGGUCUUGAAAGACAGAAUACUGAACGAAGACUCGGAAUACAUUGCACGCCUAGAAGGCAGGCGAGGAGACGGGCAAUCUGCUGCUGUUGAAUAUCGAUUUCGAACGACAUCGGCUCCUCGUUCAGGAACAUGCGUGGUAACGUAAGUAUAUAUAAAGAGUAUAACUUUCAUCUGGAUGCGUUUUAACCUGGGAGAAAAGUCCUUGGUGGGUAAAAGGGGAAUAAUGGGUUCUCUUGUCGAUCGAGGGGCUGGGGAAGGCGGCAGGAACCUCAGCCUGGGAGUGGAGUUUUCAGGGCUUCAAAAUGUAUCUAAAAAUAAACGCUGUUAUGGGCUCUAGCUUAAGUGUGCCUUUUCUUGUUAAUACUUUGGAGCCCCGCUAUACAGCCACCUUGAGCCGAUCGAGGGACUGGGGAAGGCGGCAGGAGCCUUAGCCUCGGAGUGGAGCUUAUACUGCUCAAAAAGUAGCUAGAAAUAUACGCCGUUAUGGGCUCCUGCUUAAGAGUGCCUUUUCUUGUUAACAAAUGGAGCCCGCCACACAGCCACCUCGAGCCGAUCGAGGGACUGGGGAAGAGGGCAGGAACCUCAGCCUCGGAGUGGAGCUUAUACUGCUCCAAAAGUAGCUAGAAAUAAACUCCGUUAUGGGCUCCCGCUGGAGUGUGCCUUUUCUUGUUGAUACUGUGCGGAUCCCCGCCAUUAGGCCACCUCGUCUACAAAGCUAUCUUUCUCUACGAAAACCUCGCAGAUUUGUCCUAUUUUUCUUAUAAUAAAACUUCAUCAUUCGGAAGAAGUAUCCAUCACGAGACCCCAAGGCUUUUUCUGCCUUUCCUUUAACCAAACGAAGACGACCUCACCGUUUUAGGCCACAUAGAAAUGUGUUUUAUUGGAACAAUUCGGUACAUUUUAACAAAGUGACCUUUUAUGCCCCUUGCUCGCUUGCCAAUAAACCAUGUGCUGUACAAUGUGCGUUGCUAGGGGUGAGCUCGGUUAGCUGGGAGAACUGAACGGACACCAUUAUUUGCCGUAAUUUGGCCACUCAGUUAAGAGGCCGUUUAUUGAUAAUACCAAUCAAAUUACACAAAAACCGGAAAUAAAAAUCUCAUCCCAGCAAAGGUGAGGGCAAACACGCCAAAGCCCUGAUCGACCCCUGGAGACAGGACCGCCCCAAUAGUAGAGGUAUUGAGCAACAAACAUAAUGAGGUCGAGGGCGAAAAGGAAGCCGCGACCGAUAGCAAUUAAUAGAGGGUGAACUAAACAUUGUUUUGUUUUUAUGUUUUUAUUUUUUUCAGGCCACAGUCGGGAUUAGGAUUAGAAACCCUCUUCGAAAUGAAAUGUAGCAACUGGGUCACAAGUGAUAGCAGUGACAGUCCAAUCUCGUACAAGUUUUUCUACGGACAAAAACAGACGGAUCUGGCAAAAAUUAACACCCUUUCUACCGAUGCACAAGCAAAUCUAUUGUGGUACUAUGGUGAGAAAUCCACUUCCUCGAGCAGCUUUCCUCUUGGGAAUGAAGAUAAUGGCUUUAAGCUCGCUCUUUCAGUUCUUAUUUGCAACAAGUACAAAUGCUGUGCAGAACGUCGCCUUAACGCCACGGUAAAGUGAAACUAAACCUUAAUCAUUUUCAUUUUUCUAUCUUAUUGGUACUUAAUUUCGCGAGUCUUUGGUUUCGCGUUUUUCGCGAAUGGAAACAUGUCGCGAAAUUUAAUGCCCUUCUUUCAUAUUUUCCAUUUAUAUCGCGAAAAGAAAACCCAGCGAAAUAUUGUCUCACCAAAAUCGCGAAAUUGAGUACCAAUGAGGUAUUUAAGGCCCGUUUCAAACGUCGUGCUACUGCCGUGCAGAACUAAAUUGAUCGAAUUAAAUUCGACUUAACACGGCCAUAGCGCGACGUUUGAAACCAAGUCGAGCUACUGCCGUGUAGCACGGCAAGGCAGCGCGACGUUUGAAACCAAGUCGUGCUACUGCCGUGUCGAACUCAAUUCGUAAAUUAUAAAUACAUUAGAAUACAUUUAAAAAUUUCCUAAAUCGUUUCUUUAUUUUUGUGUUUUGUUUUCGGCAACAGCCGUUCUAUUCGACUGAAUUAAAUUCGGCGUCUGAAACCAAAGGUUAGGGAGUGCGGGCGACAGCGAUCGACGGUCAAAAUGCUUUUGCUCUAUCGCUGUGCUUUGUUUAAGUUUCACGUGAUAGAUGGUCAAAACGUGCGUGGUCCGAUAACGAGCGAUAGAAGGACCAAACGCGCGUGAACAGAUUGUGUUCUCUGCAUUCCACUCAUUCUUAGUGGAAGUCCAAGCGAAGCUGGCUACAUACUUGGCGAGCAUGCGUAAUAGCAACCUAGAGAAUACAGUCAACUCCCUUUAUAGCGGACACUGUAGGGACCUUAAGUUAGUGUCCUCUGUAGCGAGAGUCCGUAAUAGAGGGAGUUUAUUUCCGUCAAAUGUCUGUAAUUUAUUUUUGCCGGAAUUUAUCUGCUGUCCGUAUUAUCGGGGUGUCCAUUAUAGCGAGGUGUCUGCGAGGCGAGAGUUGACUGUAUAGGACUACAGGCUCCUCUUGUCGCCCGAAACUACGAGAAGGGGUGGGGGAUUGUCUUAGUAACUGUGAAUAGGUAAGCAUGGCGAGAACAUACUCCCUAUUUAUCACCUAUGCCUGGCAAAAGACGUUAUUGCAAAUAUUUAAUGUGUAUAACACUUAUAGCCAUUUUGUUUAAGGUGAAACCCAAGGCGACCAAAGAUUACCAAAAGCUCAGGGAAAAUAUCAUUAAAGAAUUAGAUAAAGCAAGCCCUGAUGAUGUCCCACGCGUCGUUAUUUCUGCUGCAUCAAGUUUAAACUUUGACAAUAAAACCGACAGCAAAAGCGAACAGGAGCGAAAAGAGGUAACGAAAAGAAUCCAGUACUGACUUAUUGACACUCUUCUAAACAAAUAUGUUUUAUAAAAAUGUCGCGGUUGUAAUUACGAACUUCUCAAGAAUAUUUUAAAAAUAUAACCGAGGCUGAGAUUUUGAAAGGAUGAUUUUGUGCGUUGAGACUCUCUAAAUACAAUACAGUAAUUAUAUGUUUUUAACUACAUUGUUCUCCAAACGGCAAAAAAACUAGCCAACGAAACAACUCAGACUGUAGCUGACUGUACUAACUGUAACUGAUGCAUUCUAAAACGGAAAUGUCAAAAGCUGUAAUUUAACAAUAAUACAAGAAUAUUUUCAGCCUAAGAUCGGCAGAAAAAUAAGAAUAUUCAGCCUGGGCCGAAAAACAACAUUCUUUUUAUUUUUUAAAACGAACGAUGAAGCACAACUAAUGUGACGGGACUAGAACAUGACUUAUUUACUUCUUUGUUGCAUCGUCCAAACAGUUCUUUAUUUUCCAAACUUGUUUUUCAGAUCCGCUCAAAAUUGGUCGAUAGCCUUGCGACGUCAUUUGACUUACAAGACAACGAACAAGCACAGGUUGCGAUGAGUGCUUUGAUAACAGUGAGUCAGAAGAAGACAGAGCUGACGCCACAGACACAAGUAUGAAUUUGGUCUUCCUUUGCUCCCCCGGCAUCAAUCUUAAUAGGGAGUUUAAACAAGGACGUUUUUGAGCGACGCAUGUCAACCGGAAAUUGACUUUUUUUGGCAGUGAUUUUGAACAAAUUCUUGGGCAAAUUGUCUCUUUAACAGUAAAGACACUUAGCAACACAAAUUUGGUAGCGUCAGGAUAUUUUAAAAGAGAAAGAGGCUCACUUCCGGAUGACGUGCGUUACUAAAUUACUAAAUUAUUUUGAAUGAAUAAUAAAGCAAUUAUUGAAUUCGGCUUUCGUAGGAUAUGAAGAAUAAUGCAGACCUCGGAAGCUGUUUUCAACCUCGGCCUUCGACCUCAGUGGGUAACACCCUCCGCGAUCUGCAAAAUUCUUCAUAUCCUACUCAGUCUCAUUCAAUAAUUGCUAAUUAUGUUUUUUCUUUCGCUAUGGAACUUAAGAAAUUACUUGUAAGUGGCAAAAUUACCGCUUCGUGUCGAACAAAUAUGUGUCGAACCGCAGGAGCUCUCUUCUGGGAAAUAACAGUAAGGCCCUGUUAUGGCUAAAAACUACUCUCAGUACGUAGCGUAGUACAUACAGCUAACUUAGACUAGCAGUCGACACGUGAAAUUGUCAAGUGGUCGCUUUGGCCAUCCCAAUAAAGUGUUUGGUUUCCCAUCGCCCCGUCUCUUUUGAUGGUUGGUCGGUCGGUCGGGCAAAAAAAAAAGAGAAUGAACACUUUGUGUUCAGUUUACUUUUGCAUAUUAAAUCUCAAGUCUAAUCUGUAAGAUACAUAAUCAGAUGGUAAAAGAUGUAUAUUAACUCGACUAUCAAAUGUCUAAACAGCCUUUAAAAAACGUAGUAUCGAUGUCAUUUAAAGACAAGGACAUCACAUCAUACCAAUGUUGUUAAAACAAGAUCGUGUGCUUGUAAAUUAGAGUACUUCCUUCUUUGACUAUUGAAUCUGAAUUUUCUUUUUUACUUUUCGAAAAAAAUGGGUCGGUUGGGCGAUGGGAAACGAAACAUUUCAUUAUUGGGAUGGCCUUACAGGAGGUUACGACAGAUCGAAAACCGUCGUCCCAAAAACUGACAGCCGUCGCUUUACGGAGCCAGGGGGUCGUUUACGACCUCCUUGAAAGGAUCUAACUACAUUUUUUAUUUAUUUCUCCUUAGUAAAAUCAUAAAUACAUACAGAGAUAAAUAAGGGAAAGGCGCAAAUGAUAGCUAGGGUAGUACCUUUUCCCAACGGUAGUGGUUCAAUAGUAGGCCACAGGAAUGCAACGCCGGCCGCGCCUAGAACGUUUCAUGUGAAACAUGCAAUGAAUAAGUAUUUUAUUUAACAACAACAACAACAACAUAAGCUUUAUUUGCAUGACUAUAAUUAUUUAGUUACAGUAUUGCAAAAGCUUUAACAUGACGUUACAAUUUAUAACAAUGAUAAUGCAAUGCAAUGAUUACUACAGUCAAUCAAAUGUCAUCAGCAUGAUUUGAUAACAAAUUAGUACGUAAAUCAUUUGAUUUUUUCCAGAUUAAAGCGGCAGACAUAAUUUCUCGAGCAAGCGAUGUGUUAAAGAAGGGAGCGCACGCGGAAAAUCUUGGACCUGUAAGAGUUGAAGAAGACUCCCGAUCUAUUUAUACAGCAGCAUCGAACGUGCUAGAAGCGUCCAAAGAGACCUCGCAGUCUUUCGUUAUAGAAGGUAAAUGCGAGCUUGUCCCGGGGGGGGGUUCUUUAGGAAUUUCUGGGUGGGAAUGUGCCGCUGGGACCCUGGAACCCUUGACCUAUACCAGGGCUAGUUCAGCUGAAUUUUGCUACCCUAUACUAGAGUAAACUCCCCAAAUCCCCCCUAUCCUAGAGUAGCUGUUUCCCCAGUCUAGAUAAAAUCUUCAACCAACUGAUCAGUUUCCUGAAAAAUGAUACCCUAUUCUAGACCCAAACGCUCUGAUUUAUAUACCCUAUCCUAGAGUAAACUGCUUGAAAAUCAUACCCUUCACAGCGGCACAUACCCAUAUAGCCCAUAUAUGGCAGUACCGGCCCCCCCCCGGGAGCUUGUAUGCAAAUCAUCUAUACCAUCCAUUUCCUCAAAGGCCGAAAAUCUCUCUGUGGUCAUUCAGUUGAGAUGAAAAUAUAACUUGUGUUAAAUCCUGGAUGCAAAAUCCUGGGAUUUUUCCAACAAGAGAAGCGAGAGUUGCAUUCCCGGACCUGUCCGCUAAAGAAGGCUAACGCGGCUUCUGGGAACGAGAAUGGGUGUGUGAAGCUACGUGCGCAUGCGUACAAGCUGGAUGUAUAUCACUGCGUGAAUCAGAACGAGAUUUUUACGUUGCUAACAUCGUCAAUUGUCCAUGCCAAGUGAAAAGAGAGGGGAUGUUGAGAUACUUUCGCAGGUUUACACUUAAUUGGUUUGCAAGAAUACAGAGUCAAAUGGAAUGAUGGCCGUUCUGUUUAUACUAUUAGGGACUUUAAGAUCCGAGAGCGAAGACGGAGGCGAACGUCCCUUAAAAAAAGGAACUCGCAUUAUUUAAAUCUUCAUCGCGAUUAUUCCUACUCACUUGCUUUGUCAAAUGUAGGCGAACUCUCUUCCCCCCUCGCCCCCCGCCCCCCCCAAAAAAAAUCCGGAAAAAGAAAGACAAUUUCGUUGAGGCUUGCUCUUUCAUAGAACGUGAAAUUCAACAUUUUCACGUCGUAGUAAUGCAGUGACGAAAGAGAAAUGUUCAAACAAUUUGUGACACGCUUGCAGAGUUGUUUGUUUCGUUAUUAAAGCUAUUGUUAUUUCUUCUUUUUUUUCACGAUCUCUUCUUUGCCGUUGCUGUCAUCAGAACUUAAGAUCCCUUUUAAUAAACCUGUAAUAUGAUUAACCAAUAUUUACUUCCUCAGCUCUUAAUGGCAGCUUUCCCACCGACUCUCCUCCAUCACGUGACUGGGCUCAGCGAAACAGAUACUUAGAAAGUGAACAGGUAUUUUUUUCUUCGAUGUAGCUUUAACCUUAUGGUAAUGAAUUGUUUUGCAUGUUUUGCACACUUUGCGUACUCUGCUAUCCCAUUUAUGAUAGCUAACUGAUUAUGCGACCCGACUAAUUACGAAGACGGCCUAAGUUUCCGAAGUUGAUAAUCGGAAUAGACAACCUGAUCCAGAAGAAACUGUGGCUCGUUCAGACAAUGUGCUUUGAUAAAUUGUCUAGCGAUAACAUAAAUGGUAGACUCCAAAGCUAAGAGAGAAUUGUUGGUUUUGACAUGACGUGACUAAAAUUCAAACUACAAAACUAUCGAUCCUACCGAGAUUUUACUUUCACGAUGUAUUAGAGCAGCUGAAAACUAAUUUUUAUACAAAUUUACGCUUCAAAAGGGUUCUUGGUUUUGUGAUAGAGUACGCUUGAAUUUCUAAGCUUUCGGGUGACGCGGCAUUUACAUGACGACCAAAGAGAGUUGUCAUGUAGAUUAAAAAAAACUUAUUUCAAGGAAUUUUGCUAUCUAAACAUCUAAAGUAUUCCUUUAAUGUUUAUGAGUUCCUCGUAGAAUAGCAAAACUCGGUAACAGAUGUUUCUGUUGGGUUCCGUCCGCCAUGUUGGAGCCCGUCCAGGUGGGAACCAGUAUGGCGUCUCCACACAAAUCUCUAUAAAUUUGGGUAAAACAUUUCUUCCGAGAUCUCUUAUACGAAAUAUUCCUCUGACCUGAAUCUUGGCGAGGGUCUUUGCAUAUUUACCGCCUUUCAUUUCCCAGAUUCUGGACUUAAUCUGUUGAAGGGUUUUGCCUUUUAUUUUGAUCUAUUUUGAAUGGCGUGACAGUGAAAACCAGCGAUAGGGAAAAUCGAGUGCGCGAAAAAGUCCCUCUUGCGCCUGAAUUUCCCUUCGCUGGGAGGUAACCCUGCGAUGGACUAACAUCCCUUCUCGGGGGGAGUUGCAAUAAUCCUAGGUGCUUCAUGCUUAUGAAACCAGGAUAAGCUCCGGCCAUUUGGGCCUUUGACUCGUGUGCGCAUUUACCUUUUUUUCCUUAAUUUUAUUAAUUUAGGAUGCACAAGAAUCCAAACAAGUGGUGGAUACCAUCAUAUUUAAAGCUAUUGAUGCUGUUAGUGGAGCAAUUCAAAAGUCAAAAGUUGUAGAACAAGGCGAAACAAAAGUCCAUACUUCGGCUUUCUCUUUGAGGUUGAAAACCUCUCGUAAAAAGGACGUCAGUGCUACUGUUAUGGAAGGUUCUUUGGUCCGUUUUGAACUUCCGGAUCCAUCUGCCGUCCUCAAAGACUAUGGAGAUGACGACAAAAUUGAUAUAGAGGUUUGAAACUUAAUAAACCACAUAGUUUUUUUUUUUUUUUGCAGAAUACCAGUUGUAUUAGAAAACCGCAGGUCAUCUAGGGGGGUGGGGGGGGGGGGGCGCACCCCUGCACCCUCCCCCUAGAUGCGCCCCUGUAACUAGAAUCACCUGCCAUUUAUUCUCCACUAGCAACGAAAGUGAAAACAAUCUUGCGUGAAGCAAAAACAAAUAACGAAGAAAACUCGCAAUUCGACUGAACGAACACAAUUUUUUUCCCUUGCUUCGGGGCCGUUUUUCACGCUGAAAUAAGUAUGUUUGUUCUUGCUUCGCUAAUGAAAUGCAAGUGUAAUGUCAUUUGUUAGAAUGUUUCCUUGCACUUGGUUAAAAGGCUAGUGUUUGGCUGGUGUCUACGAAGGGUGGGAUGUUUUUGGUUUUUUUUUAUGUUGUAUACUCUGGCCAAUCAUUGCUGGAAGUAACUACUUGAUAAUAGCGCGAAACGCAGGAAAAAUGUUCGAACAAAUCAAGAUUUCUUUAGUUUUACUAUUUUGGACAGGUAUGACAGAUUUCCCAGCACCUCAAUGCAAGAAGACCUUGCGAAGUUUCUUUCCUUUAGCCCUAAGACUGAUCAGCAUAAAAUUUUUCCUUGUAUGCUUUUUAUAACCAAGUGGUCAUGAGAAUUACGGACAUGAUCACACAAGAUGAAUUUGCUUGAUAUUUUAUCAACUUCUCCCCACUACUUCUGUAGGAAAUGAAUAGAGGCAACAAAGGAGAAUUCAGAUUUUUAUCUUAGGGUUUAAAGGGUUAACACUGCUACACAUGAAUUCUGUAGAGUAUGUUGGAAGCUCUCUGACGGUGUACAAUCCAUUGUUUUAUGUUUACAAGUUAUGAGGGCAUAAAGCAAUGCGACGUUUUUAUUGGUCAAUAAGAUCAGAUUGACAGGAAUGCUAUUGAACGUUGUACAUCAUCAUGUCCACAAAAACAUUUAACAAACGGAGUCAGUCGGGCUUCAUAACCAUUCCACUCCUUAACUAUGGUGAAAUCUAGCCCGCGGUUUAGUUUGUUUCCAGCUUAAAGGGGCUGUGUCACGGCUGCCUAAUUCAUUUUGUUUCUAAAUGCCUCUAAUGCCUUCUUAGCCUCCCCGCAGACGUCCUUUGGGGUUCGUUUGUCACGCAUUCAUUUCUCCCCCACGGGGGAGAAAUGAAUGCGUGACAAACGAGCCCCAAAGGAAGUCUGCGGGGAGGCUAGUGCCUUCUCUAAUGCUAUGAAACUUGAGAAAUUGCCUGUGAAUGACAAAAUCACUACUUCGUGUCAAAUAAAAUGUUAUGUCUCCCAAACAUCAUACUUAUCAGUGGUUACAAACAACAAAAAUGAACUUUGAAAAACUGUUUAGUGAACAAGUCAAAAACCACAAUUGCAAUGCGUUUCAAUCUUCUUCAAGUUUGUCCGUCCCUGCUUCCCUUUUUAUUUUCUGUGUCAUUUAUAACUUAAUUCUUCAAACUUUUCGAGCGGUUUUUUUAAAUGACUCACUCAACUUGGUGGCAAUUCCUACAGUGUUAAUUUUGAUACUAGCCUGCGUGGCAGGCGUUUGAAAGGGGAUUGAGAAAAACGCGAAACGCGGGGGCGCGCGAGGAGGGAAGGAGGGAGGGUUUUCUUCCCUCCUUCCUCGCGCGCCCUCGCGUUUCUGUCGCGCCUAAAACUCCCUUUCCCUCUCCUUCAAACGCCUCCCAAGCAGGCUAUUUUGAUACUGAAUUUCGUCCAGCUCUGGCCCUUAAAUCUAUUUUUUUGUUGUUUCUUUUCUGCUUAGUACACGUCAAUGAACAACGCCUUCCUCUCUGAUCCUAAAUGGUCGCCAUACAUAAAUCAGAAGAUACAAGGUUUUUCUCUGAAACAAGGUGAAGAAGACAUCGUCGUUCAAAACCUCGACAACAAACUUCAAAUGAACAUUCCCGUCAACAUAACGGACGUGUCGAAACGGUACAACCAUAAUUUUACAGCUAAGCGUAUUAAUACGCAUCGCUACCAAGUAAUUCCAGACGCACCUUACGACAGAUUUCUAGUUCGAGUGCAUCCUGAAAAUGGCGAAGAGUUAAACGUCAAUUUAAGUAUCACUUAUGAAACAAGCUCUUCACUAUACAAGCUGAGCUUUCCAACACCACCUGAUGAAACGGAAAUCGCCGCGCCAUUUCAAAAGGCUGAUAACUACUCGUACAUAGCCUGGAAGCUGCCUUCACGGCCCAUUAUUCUCAAUUUAAACGUCACAGUAGCCAAGCCGUUUUCAGCUCAGGAGGGGUCUGGUAAUAAAUCACGCGCUUUGCAUGUGACCUAUUCAGUGGCCAUAUACGCUGUGCAAUGUAUGUACUGGGACAGGAACAAGUAUGAAUGGCUUGACACUGGUUGUGAGGUGAGAAGAUACUUCAAAUUUAAUCCAUGUAGGAUUUUAUUAAUGUUCACGCUUUCGCUCCAACUACCCAAGCUAUCCCACAUGCAGUUGCUAUUCUCCACUUCAGAAAAUUUAGGGAGAAAGGGGUACAAGCUUUGGGCGCCUUGAUUUUGGGGAUCGUUUUGUUGGACAAGCGUUAUGAUUGGUCGAUGGUAUUCAAAGCAACCAUUAAGCAAUCAUAAAAAACGGUUGCCCAACCGCACGAUCCCAGAAAUCAUUGCGCCCAAAGCUUUUACCCAUUCCCCAUAGGGGAAUUCUGACCACUAGCCUCCCACACAGACAUUCUUGAUUUUGGGUCUUCGCAGGCUAUUUUACCACCUACCCUUGCAACAGUUUUGCGCCGUGCCAAAUCUCACUAUACUUUACUCAUGUUUAUUACUUCACCUUUGCCUAGUUUAAACUUCCCGCUGAUGCAGUAAUCGGAAAGCAUGCCCGUCAUACCUCUGUACUCAACAUCUCAACAAAAAUGACCAAAAUAUGGUCUUUUCAACGCUAUCGCACUACAUUCACUUUAGUCGAAUUUGAUCCCCUUUUCUUAGAACUUUCUUUUAACGAAGAAAACUUUAUGUACAUCUUUCUCAACAACCAAAAAACUGUGAAAUUCCUAUUGAAUCCUGUUCUACAAAACCCUUCAGGUUGGCCGCAACACGACCAGUGAAUACACGCAAUGCUUCUGCAACCAUGCGACGUUUUUUGGAUCCCUUAACGUGCGACCAAAUCCCAUUGAUCCGCCAACGUUUGCCGCGCUUAAAGAAGGAUACGCCAUGUUGAUAUUUGUCAGUGUCAUCUUUUUACUGUAUUUCAUUGCCCUAAUUUGGGCAAGGAGGAAAGACAGGGCUGACGUCAUCAAGGUAACAAUCAAAGUUAAUCCUUCUCUCAGGCUUCUAAUUCUGACUCCACUAGCACGAGUAAUUCUAUGUCGCGGUGACAAUUUAUUGAGGGUUAAAGGAGCUGUGUCACGAAAUUCAGCCAAAUUAGGAUGCCCGUUAAAUUAAGAGAAACAUAAAAAUAACCGUUUAAAAUUUUAAAGGAAGGUUAAAAUAACAUAACAGAAACAACAGAUGCCUCUGAUGGGCAAAACUGAAGAAGAUUGAAACGGAUUGAAAUUAGAGUUUUUGAAAACGGUUCAGCCUAACAGUUUUUCAAAGUUGAUCCCUGCUGCUUGCAAUUUCAAAAACAAUGCUCAGGAGACAUAUUUGUUUGUCUCGGAUCUCUGAUUUUAUCAUUUACAUGUAAUUUCUUUGCUUACUUUAAGUUCCAUAGCGAUUGAGGGCGACUAAUUGGCAAAAUUAAAGAAUAUGAACUAGACUCCCGUGACACAGCCCCUUUAAAUAACUGAGAAUUGAAGGAACUUUCUUGGCAGUUAGUCAGUCACUCAUCCAGUGCAUAAUGUUAAACAGUUCAGUGGAUGAAGUUUUCGUGAUAUCCGGAAUACAAGGUCGAGGUUGAUAGCACUUACCGAGACUUUGAUUAUUCUGGAUAUAGCAAAACCUGAAUCUAAUAAUUGUUUCAUUAUACAUUGCUUUGAAGAAAAUGACAAAUAACAUACCAUCGCAUAGAACACAGUUUGACGUUCCCUUGGAAUCGCAACCUACAGAUUAGUCACCAAUGUGCUAGCAGAUAACUGACUAAUCUGUAGGUUCGGCACUGAUUUCCAAAAUUAACCGUACGCUCUUAGCCAUUGAAAAGACAGGUAGUGCCGAGUACAAUGUGUACUGAAAAACAAAUAAUCUGCUGUAUCCUUGAUCGUUUCCUCCUUAAGUGGUGCGGAAAAAAUGUUUUGGAACAAAAGAAAGUUUUACAUGAGAAAAAUUCAGCUCCCACAGAUUUAGUACCAAAAAAGGCAGGUGAACACGAAGACUAGCCUACGCAAAAUAUAUAUCCCAUCAUCUCAGGACAAUCCGGCCGAUCUGUACAUCAGACUAAUUCGUUCUCAUCUCUCUCAAUCGUUAGACAUUCCAGUGUCUUCUAUAGCCUUAUGAAAUCGCAUGAGCUAUGACUUGCUAAAUAAUAAUAAUUCAAAGUUUAAGUUUGCAAUUUGCGAAUGAAUUACUCAUUGUAAAGAUUGUACCACACGAUUUUCUCUGUCCUCAGGUUGGUGUUUGCCCGCUGCGGGACAACGAUCCGUCAGACCCGUACCGUUAUGAGAUUACCUUAUGGACGGGCAUGCGCCGUAACGCAGGGACCAAGUCUAAAGUCAGCAUGAUAGUGUACGGCGACGAACACGACAGCGAGCCUCGGUCAUUGGAGUAUCCAGAAAGAAGUCCCUUUCAACGUGGCAGUCAGGACACAUUUUUACUGACCACGCCCUUCAGUAUGGGUACCAUUCAAUACAUACGAAUUUGGCACGAUAAUGGUGGUGGGUCGUGGUUCUUAAGUCGAAUAAUGGUUAUCGAUCUACAGACAGAUGAGCGGUAUUACUUUAUCUGUAACAGAUGGCUGGCAGUUGAUGAGGAAGAUGGACAGGUUGGUAAAAAUCUUGCAAAUUAUUCAAGUUACUUCAGCUUUUUUCCUGCUAUUGUCGUUGAUGUUCGUUGGGCGCGAUUUUUUGUUACAUUUUUUGAUGAUCCACUUUUACAUAUUCGUUUUUUAACCCUUUAAGCCCCAGUAUCUACAUACAAAUUCUCCAAACUGAUCUCCAUACAUUUCCUUAAAGAAUGAGUUGGGAGAAUUUGAGAAAAGAUCAAGGCAUUUUUACUUAGGUGAUCAUUUUAUUAAUGCUCAUAACUUAUCUGUUGACAAUGUAUGGAUAUUGUUAGGAGAAAAUUGAUCUUGGUCACUUGGGACUUAAAGGGUUAAGUGCAUCUCUAAUUCAUAUGAAAAUUACAGCAAUACGAAGACCUGUGGUGUGCCUUUUGGCGCACUCUUAUUGACUUAAGAGUGUCGGGCGUUCACUGAAGAGAUUCCGUUUCAAGAACCGUUUCUGCUAUUAGCCGGAGUUGAUUUGGGAACUCCGUGUUUAACUUCUCAUGCAACAACGCUAUUAAGUCAGGGGCGGAUCUAGGGGGAGGGUGCAGGGGGUGCGCACCCCCCCCUCCCCCCCACGAGAUGACCUGCGGUUUUCUAAUACAACUGGUAUUCUGCAAAAAAAACUAUGUGGUUUAUUGGUGUUGAAGUAGAGCAAGAGACGAGUGCACCCCCUCCUAAAAGAAAUCCUGGAUCCGCCCAUGUAAGUAGCCAUCAGUUCUAACAGGUUACCUGGGUUGCCAUUUCUUUUUUUCGUAUGCAAUGUAGGCGCGGCCGCCUCGGAUAGCUCACAGGUUAUUGCAGUGUGCAAGCAUCAUCAUGAUAUACCACUUAAAGGCAAAAUGUAUUUACCAUUGUUGUUGUUGUUGUUGUUAACGUUGGAGUUGAAAUUGUGAAUUAAAAGCGAAUCAGUUGUUUUAGUCAUCUGAUCUGCCCAACCAUAGCCCUAACUGACUCUCCCUAACUCUUCAUCAAUGUCCUUUCCCAUCUGCAGGUCGAACGCCUCGUGCCGCUCGCCAGCAAGGAGGAACUCACGGAGUUCGGUCACCUUUUCGUCGCCAGAACUCGCCGUAACCUUAGCGACAGUCAUCUGUGGUUCUCAGUGCUCGCUCGGCCCGCAAACAGUCGAUUCACGCGAGUCCAGCGGUUGUCCUGCUGUUUGUGCCUCCUGCUCAUGUCGAUGAUGGCCAGCGGCAUGUACUAUGAAAGAGAAAACGAUUCCGCUAAUGUGCAGCAUGUUGGCCAAUUUGUUUUCACGUGGGAGCAGGUAAAGAUGAUGAAAACUUUCUUUCCACCGAAUUGGACCCGCUACUUGUCACUAACAAUAUUUACACAAAGUACUUCACCAAUACUUCGUGAUUAUAUAAGUACGACCCUUAAUCUAUAACCUGUCAAAGUACAGACAAAAGGUUAAACAGUGACCAACAGGCAAGCGGUCCGUUUUCUUCCCGGCCAGUCAAAAGAAAGGCUUUACUGGCAAUGACCAAAGGUUAUGGAGUGCGGGCGAGAGAGAUCGAAGGUCAAAACGCUCUUGCUCUAAUGCUGUACUUUGUGUACGUGAUGGAAGGUAGAAACUCUCAAGAUCAAAUUACGAGUGAUAGGUCCAAACGCGCGUGAUCAGGUUACGUUCUAUUCGUUCUUAAGGUUGGUUUUUACUAGCGACGGAGUCGGAGUCGGAGUCUUAAGCGGAGUCGUAAGAGAGCUUAUGACUGAGUGAAAAUCAAAAAUCGGAGUCGUAAGCAGAAUCAUAAGCGCGAUGGAAUCGUAGUCGGACGAAUCAGAACGUUUCCACUUUCUUCCGACUCCGCUUAUGACUCCGUCGCUUACGAUCCGGUGAAAACCAGAUUGUCGGAGUCGGAAGCAGAAGCGGAAGGAUAAACCAAUCCGGCAAUGCACUUUCCCACGCUUUGUGAUUGGUUUAGUUCUUCUACUUUUACUUGCGACUCCGACAACCUACUUUCCACUUGAUCGUAAACAACGGAGUCGUGAGCGGAAUCAGAGCGCUUAGAUUUCACUAGGUGGUAAAGUUCUACGCUUCUGAUUACGACUCCGACUACGACUCCGUCGCUAGUGAAAACCAGCCUUAGUGGAAGUCGAAACAAAUGCUGACUUCAUACUUGCCAACCCUGCGUGAUAGCAACCUAGCGAUUAGGGUUGCGGGCUCCUCUGCUCGUGUGUUCGCCCGCAACAAAUCAAAGUAUCCUUCCCAUUUUCAUUUCAGAUUUAUAAACAAAUUUUACAAUUCACAUUUUUUUCUUUUUUCUCUAUUUCAUUUUUGCAGGUACUCAUAGGCAUCAUCUCCAGCCUUAUUGUUUUCCCAAUCAACCUCAUUGUCGUUCAGAUCUUUCGUAAUGUCCGCCCCAAACCUAAAGUGAAACCCAAAAAACCUCCGCCACAACCUCCGCCAAGUCUGUCCUUUACCAAGGACAAUAUCGAAAACUACAAUCACCUUAAAGAAUCAUCCGAUGAAUCUACAAAGGGCUCAAAUAACAGCCUGGAUUCCUCAAGGGAACAAAACAACAGGACAAGACUGUCUAUCAAUGACGUGCAUACCGACAUAGAUCGCGCGAGCUUCACUGACAGUCCGCUGCUUAUUGAUCGAAGGCUCAGUACGGCUUACGAGAUAGGUAUACAUUUGUUUAAUUAGCAAUUAAUGAAUUCGGCUUUCGUAGGAUAUGAAGAAUUAAGCAGAUCGAGGAGGUUUUUAUCCACUGAGAUCUGCUUAAUUCUUCAUAUCCUACGAAAGCCGAAUUCAUUAAUCGCUUUAUUAUUAAUUCAAAAUAAUUCCUAGUUUUAAAAAAAACAUAGCUCAAGCCUGCUUACCUGCAUCGAUGUUAAGUUUAUCUUCGAUAGUGUACAUUUAGGUUUAUCCAGCCCCGCAAAUAUUCUCCAAAUAGCAGAUGUCGCCCUCUGAGGUGUCUUCUUGCUGUUUUUGAUAUGUUUUUAGCUGCUAUUUCGCCUAGUUCCAGCUGUAGUUCUUACUCUUGAAACGAGUAAAGUGUCCGCCAUUUUUGUUUUCACAAGCAAAUCAACUCAAUCUCGUCCCCAGGUCUUCUCUGUAACGGUGCCUUAACCUGUAGCGAGCUGCAUUUUUGACGUCAUUUCCUCGUUAAACAAAAAAUUCUUCCAAAUUUGGGCAUCAGUAACUGGUUAUGGUGAAUUAUGCGUGUGCUUUUAGCCAAUCAGAAUCAGGGAAAUAUUUGGAAUGAAUAAUAACAAUACUUAAUAGUGCUAUGUGUUGGCCCGAGUGGAUUUAAGAAUAAAAAACCUGAAGAAAAAUGGAAUGAAACCCUUUCACUAUCUUUCAUUAAGGCUUUUUUAACCUACAAAAAAGGUUCUCGAAUCACAAAGCACUCAAACAAGAAGCGGCUUUUUAAAUACCACUCCUGGCGUUUUCUGAAAGUUUUUUGUUUAAGAGUCAGAGAAAUUUAACGAGCAAUAUUUGACUUUUAAGUAAUAUACCAAACACGAGAAAAAGUGUUUCAUCACAAGAUCAAACCGACUGAACACAUAGCUGAAACAAGACGGGCAGCGGACUGUUUUUGAGGAAUUUCGGUUUUGUGAUAAAACACUUUGUCGAAUAAUGUUUAAUAUCACUUCUCAAACAAACAAAACCUUAGAUUGAGAAACUAGGGAUGAAAGAAUGAGGAGCUUUUCAUCUGAGUAAACAUAAAUUUCCUUUGUAUUUUAAUCAAAUUUAUCUUUUGAUCAUUCUCUAGCUCCUACAUCUCGUUGGCGACGUGCAGUAUUGUUUUUCAAGAAAAGGAAUUCUUUGCCGUACCAGGCUGUCUACCUGGCUUGGUUUCUAGUGUUUGCCUUUUCGACCGGGUCCGCAGUGGUUGUUGUGCUUUAUGGCAUGCAGUUCAAGAACGUCAAGUCUCUUCAAUGGCUGUUUUCGUCGGUUGUAUCUUUCGUGCAGGAUAUCCUAAUUACUCAGCCUCUCAAGGUACAGAAUAGUAAAGAAUUUCUCCUCCUUUAUAAAACGUAGUGCAUUGAGCUCACAAUGGAGCAUAGCAGUCCCGAUCAAAAGAGCACCGCUUUACUGAAUUCUUAACCCGUAAUCAUUUUCAGGUUUGAAGUAUCUAAAAAAUGGAUUAAGCGAUCAGUCUCCAGUGAGUGGUUUUCCAUACAAAUCCUUCAAACUGUCUUAAAAUCUUUUCAUAGGUAUUAUGGCGCUGAAAUUUUCUUUUGUUCAUAACAGACUAAGUGAAUUAUUCAGCGUCAGCUUAAAAAUUUCAAAAUUUACAAGGAUUUGAAUUGAACACCACUCAACCGUGACUGGGUGGCAAGAGUUGUUUUUCCCAUACAAAUCGUCCUAAUUUUCGGCGGCCGUUGCGAACGCUCCUUUUAAGAUACACGGCUGAAAACUUACAGUUUACUUAAUUUUUAUACGCUCUUUCAGUUCCUGCUAAAAUCAUAUUUCCAAAAAGAAUGUUUACAGAACGUUGAUCACGUGACCAACUAUUGCAAAAGGCCUAUUCUGCCCUGUUUCUUCUCAGGUACUUGGGUUGGCCGUAUUCUUUGCUCUUGUUGUCAAGAAACCAGACCAAGGCGAGUUCGAGAUCACAGAAGAGGCCCUAAAACUUGCCGAGGACGAAGAAUUUCUACAGCAAUCCAAUCAAACAGGAGAAAAGACCAACAAAGCCAAACUCUUACCCCCCGAUCAAGCCAAGCUUAUUGCUAUGAGAACCGCAAGAUUGAAGGAACGUAAGAUGUAUUCCGUGAUCCGGGAAGUCGUGACAUACUAUUUUUUCGUUGCGUUACUCUUGACGAUUGCAUACACACAUCGCAGCCCGACAGCGUUUUACCAGACCACAAACAUGGUCAACAUGAUAGGAGCAAGCUUCAGCAAUGUAAGAAAAUUGAAAUUCUACCCUGUUAUGACUUAAAUUAAACACUAACGAAUCACUGUAUAUACUUGGUGGGUUGGUAGUGAUAUUCAUUAAUCAAUAACCUCCAUAUUUGUCUGAAAUAUCAAUGUUUCCAAGAAAUAUCGGCUGUCCGAUGUUAGUCACCUGACCACUGACAGCGAGUGGAGACUGUUCACUGACCUCUAUAUAUAUCGAUUGCGAGGUUUCGAUUUCAUUUAGCGAACAAAAUCAUGAAAGUGUAUUAAAUGGGCGGCAUGGGUAGAGGCGUGAAUGCCUUAUUGUGAUUUAUGAGUGAAAGCCUCGAUUUAAGAAUGACAUCACAAUAUAUGACACUGAACAUCGUAAAUAAUGCCCGUCAGUAAAUAUAGGAACCAUAUGGUAUCGAUUUCAAAAACCCCCUUCGGCCCACCAAAACCCCUUUCGGACCUUAUGGGUUUCCUGUGGAACGACAUCAGCUCCUCCACUGCUCGAAACUUCUUAAGGAAAUAGCCUCUUUUAUGGAUGUAACCUUUUUGCCUUCUGCAAACUACUAGGUGCGGAAAAUACCCUGGUUUUUAGUGGCUGUAAAAAGUUUAUAAUUUGUUCGUUAUUCAGAUCACCAACCAGAGGGAGUUCUGGAACUGGGCUCAAAACGACUUGUUAAACAACUUGUUUCCCGGUACCUGGUACAACGGUGCAAAGAGACAACCUGACGGUUACAUGGCAGACGGCUACAGUCAGAUGGUGGGAGGAGCAAGAAUGAGACUUUUAAGAAUUAAGCAGGGUCAGUUUAACGUAACGCGGCACUAAAGCAUUUUAAUUGCUUUUAGCUAUUGGCAAGUUUGUAAUGCAAUUGAUAGUUUUACCGUGGUGCUGAUUUAACUGUGACAGUGAGUGCUCUUGAUAUUACAUUCGUGACUGUGAUUGUGACUUUGGUUCAGUGUGCGCCACAAAGAGGGGAAAUUGUUAGUCCAGAUCAAAUAGUAGUACUGUCUGUUGCGUUCAGGUUCUAAAAACAGGCAUAGAAACUACGAAGUUUGUUCUGGCAGUGCGCCAUGCUAAGAAAGCUAUUGUUUUGAAAAGUUGGGCUAUUCGUGCAAGGGAGGGGGAUCAGUUUCUUUAGUAAUUUCCCAUCUCUGGCUUAAAGAGGGUUUUCUCCAAAAAAAGUGCAGGUUCCGAAAGAUGGUAUCAUCAUAUCACCGACUUCCAUCCUGGGCAUUAGAUAGUUGAAGCAGCAACGACGGCGACGGACAACGCGCGGUCAAAAACAUCAAAAAUUCUUGCUCUUUCCGCAUCUUCCCGAUUAUUUUAUAUGUAGCUGAAAGGUUUCAGUAAUGCAAUGCAUUGAAAGCAUCUAAUAAAUGAAUUGGUUACAUAAGCGUCAAGAACAAAGAGGAAUAAGGAUUUCUUUGUUUUCUGUUGGUGCUUUGCGGAAUACUUUUAAUUUGGUCAUUUUAUGUUGGUUUUUUUUCUGACGACAGCAAAGAAAUAUAUAAAAAAAAUGCAGAGUUCCCUCUCAUCUCCACAGGGAAUUAUGUAAUGUUCGAGAAAGUUGACUAAGGAAACGUGGUCGGGUUUGUUUUUUUAAAUCAGAAUCCUGCCAAGUUCCCUCAGAGAUAUACGGGAUCACCAACGAGUGUUACGGUGAAUACUAUAUAACAGGGGACGACAAGAAUGACUACACUCCGGGAUGGAACAUUACGACAUACGCAACUAAGAUAUCAUGGGAUGACAUGCCGUGGCGAUACCAGAACAGUACUCAGCUGGAUGGAUAUCCCUUCUGGGCCAAACUCACUACAUAUGGAGGUGCAGGGUAAGUAGCUCAUGUGAACGUACAUGUGUUUUUCCCCAAAGUGUCGAGAUGUGUACAGACAUUCACGCAACAACGAAAAUGGUGAAUAUGGCGAAAAUUCAAAUGAGACUGCAAAAAUGGCCCUGUUAAAAGUGACGAUUCUGACAAAAAUUGCCAAAAAAAUUGACAAAAAAGGUGAAUUUUUGCGAAAAUUCGCCAAAGGUUUAACCAAAAAAAUUCAGAUGAGGUGGCAAAAGGGCCCCUUAGAUGUUCUUUUUUCUCCUUUUCGUCCAAACCCCGUUCCUAGAGUCUCUCUUCUUUUUGUGACAUAAGCGAAACAGACAGGAUGAUUUGAAGAGAGACUGUGGAAAGGACAGUUGCAUUGAGAGAGCUGUUCACAAGUCAGGAUUGACAUGCACAAGACUACCGACAAUCAGUCGUCCUUCUAUUCCUACGGUUUACUCUAGCUCAACCAAAAUAGAUGCCUAUAAAGCUCUUAUAGCAACAUAGCCUGCGUAGCAGGCGCUUGGAAGUAGGGGGCACAAGAAAAAACGGGCGUGCGAGAAGGUGACACGCGCGGGGAGAGCGAGCUUCCUCACCCCCCACGUGUCUCCCUCGCGAGCGCCCGUUCUCCCUUUCGCCCACUACUUCCAAGCGCCCACGUUAUGAUUUGGGGGCUGGGUUGAUUUAUGCGUAUCAGGGGUUCGGUGAGAUGAUAUUAGGGACUUUAAGAUCCAACGACGCGACGGCAAUGAGAACGUUGCUUAAUUAAAAUGUGAAUUUGCGUCCUUUCAGUCUUUAUCGCAAUUAUUCCUACCCACUUACUUUGUCAAAUAGAGGCGAACCCUCCUGGAGGUAAAUUCCUAGGCACCAUAUCCAAGUACAGUAAGAGAAAUAACAUUUCGUCGUCGCUUGUUUACGUCCUCCAUAAAACGCGAAAUUAGGCAUGUUUACGUCUUAGUCGUGCAAAAACGGGCAGAGAAAUGUACAAAAAAGCAGGGUGCACGUGCAAAGUUGUUGUUUUGCUAAUAAAACCUAUUGUUUUUUUUUUUGACGUUCUCGUUACCGUCCGCGUCGAUAAGCAACAACGACGGCGAAGGCGACGGCUACGAAAACGUCACUUAAAAAGUGAAUUCGCGCUUAUUCCAGCUCGUGUAAUUCGUCAAAUGUUGGCGAAUUUUUCUGGAUUUGAAUUCCAAAGGACAGUAUCGAAGUUCAGGAAAACAAAAACGAAGUCGUCGUCUUGUGUUCACGUCCUCCAGAAAACGUGAAAUCAGGGAGUUCCACGUCGUAAUCGUGCAGUGACGGCAAAGAAAUGUACAAAAAAGCGUGGUGCACGUGCAAAGUUGUUGUUUUGCCAAUCUAAACCUAUUGCUUUAUUUUGCCGUUCUCGUUGCCGGCGCCGUCGUCUUUGCUUAUUUAAGCUCCCUAUUGGGAGGAGAGGGGUACUGCAUGAAACAGUCUCAAAAUUUUGAAUCUUCAUGGGUUGGCAUCUUUGACUAUAUUUAGAUGUCUUAUCUGCAAAAUGUUUUGCGGGCCUUCUUUAAUAUCCCUACUAUACAAUUAUCUACGACAUUCUUAAUUCUGUACUUGAAACCUCCAUAGCCAGUGAUCACUUCCAGCUGUCUCAAAUGACACAAAAUGAACAAGCGUACUUCCAAUUUUAUGGAAACCAAUCUUGUUUUUUUCAGAUACGUAAUCGUUCUUGAACCAGCCUUUGACAACCACGCUCGAAUAAAAAAGCUGGAAAACAAUCUGUGGAUUGAGCGGCAUACACGUGCUAUCUUAACCGAGUUUACCAUCUACAAUGCACAAAGCAAUCUUUUCUGUAUCGUGACAUUAGUGGCUGAGUUUUCCGCCAUUGGCGCUGUUUUACCAUACAUAAGUGUCCAGACUGCUCGCCUUUACGACUUCACGGAUUCUUACAUGUUCUUUGUACUUGCUAUUGAUGUCUUAUUCGUGCUGUUCAUAUUAUUCUUUACGUAUCGUGAAGUCAAAAGCAUUUACAAGAGCGGCAUCCAAGCUUACGUUAAGGAAUUUUGGAACUGUGUCGAGUUUGGUAUCAUCGCGUUUACCUUUGCUGCCAUUGCGUUGUACGUUUACCGUGCGUUAACUAUCCGCAACGUCCUGGAUUUGGUCCGGUAUGAUCCCUUUAAUUUCAAGAGUUUUCAGUUCGCAGCAUACUGGGAUGAGUCUUACACAUUUAUCUUAGCCAUCAUCGUGCUCCUGGCCAACAUUAAACUUAACAAGCUGUUGCGAUUCAACAAACGCUUUUCGCUUCUCUCCUCCACGUUGAAGUAUGCUUACUAUCCAUUGGUGAUGUUCAGUAUUGUGUGGGGUAUCGUCUUCAUGGCCUUCACCUUGUUUGCGUCGCUUGUUUUCGGCCCUAUCAUGUACAACUACCGAAACGUUUUGGCUUCAUUAACGUCUCUUUUGAGUCUGAUGUUGGGUCGGACAGCUUACUUCGAGAUGCGUGACACCAACCGCAUAAUCGGUCCUUUGUUUUUCUUCGGAUUCAUGUUCAUGAUGUCGUUCGUCCUCAUCAACAUGUUCUUAUCGAUCGUGGUUGAUUCCUUCCUAGUUGUGAAGCACGACAAUGACAAGCAGUCGAACGAGUACGAGAUUGUCGACUUCAUCAUCGAGCGAUUUAAGCUGUGGUCGGGGAUCGGGAAAACUCGGAGACCGCAUAGUCGUAGACGAGUGCUCUGGGACACGGCCGCCUGCCGUGUGAAAGCCAUCAACGCGUUCAGGGACAGGGGACAUUCGAUAACGAUCGCUGGUUUGCAUAAGGACAUGGUAUCUGAGCUGGAAAAUCGACUGGAAAAGCUUGUUGUUCGAACUGAUGUUUUGUAUGAUGAGUUGUUCCCCGAAAAAAGGCGUUCCAAGAUCACAGGGAAACAAGGAGCAGUGAAAGUAAAACUACCUCUUUCCAAGGCAGAUCUACUGGAGGGACGAACAGGCUAAGUCUGGGGACCUGAAUUUGUUCGUGUGACAGUCUGCAUGAAGGAGUUCCGAGGAAGAAAAAAACUAAGUGUUUUUUUGUUUUGUUUUGUUUUUACAAAAAAAAAGAGUACACAGGUACAGGAAAGACCAUGAGUGCUGAAUGCUCAACUAAAGAAAAAAUCCAUACUUAUAAAAACGUUUCCUUACGUUUUCAAGUAGUUUUGGAGCUGUCAAGUAAUAUUAUUUUUACCCUUAUUGUUUUGGAUAUUGUAUCCAAAAGGCUGAAUUGAACAUAAAAAAAAUUGCCUAUUUUUAUCACUAAAAGGUCUUCUUGACUGUCCCUCUUUAAUAUAGCCUCCCACGCAGGCGUUUUUAGGGAAGCGGUGGACUGAUUUUGAAUAAUAUAUCUUGAAAAUUGUACGUACCUCUGGAAAAAUCCUGGCUAUGCUCCUGUUGAAUGGAACUUUUCAAAAUGGAAAACCUGUCCAUUUCUCCUUUUUUAAAGAUAAAAUCACUUAGAAAGUUUCUUUCUCGGAACCCAUAACUUACAUCUCUUCUUCAACAUUCUAACGACGUUUUCACUUGGAAAAAUUAAAUGGAGUCUUCAUAUGAUCAUGGACGGUAGAUUAUGAUAUUUUUGUUAUUUUGUAGUUAUAUGAGAUCUGUUAAUUUUCUAGACAGAUUCGAUUUUGCUUUACAAAUAAUCAGGAGAGAGAAUUCAUAUGGUUAGUAAAAUUAUUUUUUAGGAUGUGAUUCAGUUAUAGUAAAUAUUACCUACUUUGUAUGAUAUGAGAGUUUCAUUGAACGCAGUAAUGAUUGGGGAAUGACACAACUAGACUUAAAAUUUGCUAUAAUAAUGCACGUUAAUGGCGUGUAACGCGUUUUAAUAAGGCCAUUCAUCCUCUUCCUCAUCAGGCUGAUGAAGAAGUGAGUUUGUGUCUCUUCAUCUGGACUCAUCUAUGUUGUUUAUAAAAAAAAAAUAGAUUUGCGUACAUGCUAACUGUAUUUUACAGACUUUUCGACAAAAUAGUAGACGUAAUAUACCACCAGAUGAACCAUAGGGAAAAGAGUUGAAAAGACGCGCAGCAGAGUGUUUUUGACGAACUUCAAGGUGUUAAAUCACUGUGUCGAAUGCUUGAUAGAGUCUUAAUAUUACCUCUCAAACGAAAGUGAUUUUAGAGGAGAAAUUAAAGACGCGACAACGAGCAGUUUUUCAUCUGAUUUCCAAACACUGAUUAAACAUUAAUUUCCUUUGUAUUUUCCUUAUGAAUUGUUAAUGAGUUUGAGACUCAUAAAUUGGUAAAUUGAGCACCAGAAGUCGCGUCCAGUCCUUUCCGCGCGCUCUCGCGUUCUCAUUUCACGAACCCAUUUGACGUCGCGUUGUUUUUGCUACGGCUAAUUUCUUGGUACGAUGUGCUUUCAUUUGCUUUUUUUAACUGACCGAUAACGGGAGCAGAAGAGCUGUUGAAGGAUCGCUUUGCUUUGCCGAAGGUAACGUCUUUGUAAA